CCGGACGCCGGUCUGACUGAGUGGCUGACUGAGUGUUGCAGCGAUCGCCGCGCUGAGAGCAGGCCCCGAGCUGGGAGCGGCGGCCGUGUCACCGGGGGGCACCGAGCGAGCACGGAGAGCCUCACACAGCCCGCCGCCAUGGAGCGGCCCAGGAGGAACACGGCGGGGGUCGCUGUAUCCUUUACACGGGCGGCCGCACAGCCCCAGGGUGACCCUCACAGCUCUGAUACAACUACAACUCCCAUGAUGCCUUGCCACAAGCCACGGCUGGCACUGCAUCAUGGGAGUGGGAGUCCUGCAGGGCUUUACCAUGUGUAUGGCCACUCACAGUGACCUCUCUGGCUCUACAGCCAUUGUAACACCAGGACUACAACUCCCACAAUGCUCAUACCGGGCAUAAUGCUGGCAAAACAUCAGGGGAGAUGUAGUCCACAACAUCUGGAGAGGUGAAGGUUGCCUAACCUUGUUGUAGACCAGGCCUGUCCAAUCUGCCCCCCCCCCCCCCCAUGUUGCUGAACUACAACUCCCAUGAUCCCCUGGGAGUCUUAGUUCAGCAACAUCUGGGGGACUGCAGGUUGGACAGGCCUGUUGUAUGCCAUGACUCUUUAGAUCAGGCUUCAACCAAACUCCGGCCCCCCCAGAUGUUGCUGAACAACAACUCCUUUGAUUCUAUGAAUUAAAUAGGCUGAGAAUCAUGGGAGUUGUAGUUCAGCAACAUCUUUGGGGCCGGAGUUUGGGGAAGCCUGCAUUAAAUGCUUUAAGCUGAGCAUCAUGGCUAACAUAGACCUCAGCAGCUGGAGAGAGGAGUUAGCCAUCAUUGACGUAGAGGUUGGUCAUCAUUGGUAUAGAGGUUUGCAGGAGCUAAUACAAGGAAGUAUGUUAAGAACAGGCCUGUCCAACCUGUGGCCCCCCAGAUGUUGCUGAACUACAACUCCCAUAAUUCUUUCAAUGAAACAAAUAGCUUAGGGAAUUAUGGGUGUUGUAGUUCAGCAACAUCUGAGGGGUCGCAGGUUGGGCAGCCCUAAACCUUACCAGUUUGUUUUAAUAAUGGAUGUGCUUCUAGUUUAAUUUAUGCUCCAGUUAAUUAUUCUUGAGCAUCAUGAGAAAUGUAGCCUACAGCAGCUGUAGCGCUCAGGUGUAGUCAAUAUUGGAGUGUAUGUUUUGCAGCAGGUAGAUGGCAAGGUAUCCAUAGCUGCUCUUCUCGAUUAUUAUUGAGGACAUUUUCAGUUGUGUUUUAAGUUGUUAAGUUAGUGAUCAUGGAAUAUGUCACUGUCAUAUCACUUUUUAGCAGAAUUGUAAGGUGUUUUGUAAAUGGGCGUUUUAAUGUUAAUUACUGAAACGGUCUUUGUAGAGUUGUCAGUCAGGGAUGGAUUUGAACAGUUUGAAUGUUUUUGUCAGUCUGCCAUUUGGAUUUUCAUUAGAGUGUCUGUGUCUGACAGGGAUGAAGCUAACUCCGACAUAGAGAAGAAAUUAAAACAUUGAAUUAGCAGACGAGAAGUCUCUCUCUGUCAGGCAACUCUUUCAGGGUUAUUCACAGAAGUGAAUUGUCAGGAAGUGAAUAUCAGAUUUUACACAAAAACAAGCCAUAUGAAAAUAGAGGGCUUGGAGAAUUUUUUUCUCUAUCUGAGUUUAUAAUUUGCAUAUCUCAAUAUAUCCUUUCUGAUGACAUAUUUUAUUAAUAAAUAAAUAUUUGUGCUUAUCACUGUAAGUGCUAGUGAAUAUCCCUGCCAGGAACUUCUGUUCGCUGUCCUGAGCUAAGAUUGGAGGAGAGUGCCUGCUGAUUAUUCUCAGUUAAUGAUCUAAGCCCAUCACUACUGUUCUUGGUUUAGGCGGACAGCUUCCUUCUUUUUGAGAGGCAGGGAGCAUCACCGUCGUACCCCAGGUAAGAAGUCAAAACUGUUUGACUACUUUGGGGGCGUGCCAUGGCACUGCUGGUGUGAUAAAAAUGUGUUUGAGACAUCCUGGGACAGCGAAGCUGCUGGAACACAAACACAGCAGAGAUACAUUUUUAUUUAAUUUACAUCUGAUGCCCUAUUCUCCCCAGUAAACUCUGAAAUAAUAUUGUUUCUGGGGUAAAGGAGCAAGGAACUACAACUUCUCUGGAAAUGACCUUUCAGUCUUUUAUCUGUUAAUCCACUGCAAGUGUGCAUGAUCUGUUUUGAGGGCCCUUCAUUUUCUUUUGUGACUUUAUUGGGGUCUGGUAAUCCAUUGGCUCAGGGAGGAUCAAGCUCUCAAUAUCCCGAGCCUGAAGCCACAGUACAGGAAUUUUCUCCUGGUUUAUGCAUACUCUGCUGUCAUUUAGUGUGAUAACCACUUAAGAACAAAAGACCUGCAUAUUGGUAUGGAGGGCUUUCACAAGACGUUAGGCCUUAGUGACGUCAUGUGGGAACAUCUCAACCUUCAAACACUCAAAGAUCCUUUCUCUUAGCUUAGCUACAACCAACUAGAAUUCUAAUUGCUUAUCAUAAACUGUUCAGAGAAAAUGGUCUGUUUCUAGUACCGUAAAAAUAAAGUUUCAGCAUGCAGAAUAACAGAGAGAAUUGCUUCAGCCAAAGAACGCAAAGAUCCACACUGGAAAAGGAAGCUACACUUGUGUAAACCGUACUGGGAUGCUGUUGAAUAAGGGCUGGCAAUCAUAGACAUAGAAUACAUAGACGCUGCACGUCAUGGAUUGCGGGCGCCAUCUUGGACCAGUCGCCGCUCUACUGAAGCUAUUGAAGAACCCUUGGAAAGUCCAUCUCACAAAAGGUAAGUGAAGGACUUGGGGCACUUAUAGUCCUUAAUACCCCUACCCCUACAGUGUUAAAACCCCUACCCCAGAACACACAGUGUUAAUACCCCUACCCCAGCACACUAUGUGUAUUAACACUGUGUGUGUAGGGGUAUUAAGGACUAUGUGUGCUGGGGUAGGGGUAUUAACACUGUAGGGGUAUUAAAGACUAGGGGUAUUAAGGACUAUAAGUGCCCCAAGUUCUUCACUUAUCUUUUGUGAGAUGGACUUUCCAAGGGUUCUUCAAUAGCUUCAGUAGAGCGCCAACCGCUCUAAGAUGGUGCCCGCAUUUCUCGCCGCUCAGCACGCAAUGCGGCGUCUAGGUAUUCUAUGUCUAUGCUGGCAAUCCCUCAAUGUGACAAAGGCCCUGUUGUGGGCUGAAACGUUGCAGUGUCUGUUCAUGCCCAUUAAAGCUGCUUGAAGUGAUGGAGUGCCUGGACAACCUUUUUUCUUCUGACUGCAAAGAACACAAGGAUGACGUUUUGAGGAUUUGAAUGUGAAUGAAAUUCUUUCAUUAAAAAAAAUUUAAUAUUUUGGUCUUUUUGUUUGAGCUCAACUUAAUAUUUAAAACAGUAGGCAUUUUUUGUGAUAACAGGUAGUACAGGGGGAAAGGGAGCUACGGCUACUUAUAUUUGUUUCAAGGACUCUCACCAAAGGCGUAUUCAAAAUGAGUCCAUGGAAGAGACUGUGAGUUCCUCCAUAGAUCUUGUUGGGCAUAUGCAAUGAGAUGCAUGUUCCCAUCAACCAUUGCGACAGAUAGAAGAUAGAAAAUGCAAUAUUUAACAGGUGGAAGCUGUUUCAACAUAGCAGUUUUUUUUUUCAUAAUGUAACAUUACCUCUUUUCAGAAGUUAUUUUUUUUAGUAAGGAUAUGACUCAUAUCUUACCCAAAGCUUUUACGUGACUAUCUGGCUAUCGAGGAAAGUAAGGGACAACUCACUGUGAUUACAUGAUGUCAUUUUCGAAUUCAACCCCACAGAAGAAAAGACACAGUCAAAACAAUACUAACCUAUUUGAUGACUUCCUUCUGAAAUGUGUUAAUUCAAUCUACCAAAAGUCGCCUAAUGACCCGUAAGUCCCCUUUGUGGCUGUCUGGUAGACAGCCACUAGAGGUUGAGUUAAUCCUAGCAGGUAAUUAUUGCAGUUUCUUAAAAACUACAAUAAUUAACUUUGCAGGGUUAAGUGACCUGGGAUAGUCUGGGUUCCUAUAGUGUCCCUUAAUAGCUUGCUAGACCCUACUUGCUUAAUAGCUUAAUAGCUUGCUAGCCUCCUGUGUGUGAUAAACGUUCGUAAUACAGAGCAGGAGAUAAAACCUAUUGAAAGUAAGUUACAUCUGAAAAUGAAACCAUUUUGUUUUCAUGCAGGCUAUGUCAGUUGCAGCCAGGAGAGGUGUGACUAGAGCUGCAUAAACAGAAUCAAAAGUGAUUUAACUCCUAAAUGGCAGUGAACUGAGUAGUGAAGCUUGUGUAUUUGUUAUGCAAUUUGAAAUCCUAUCGGCUGUGAACGAAAGCUAGUUUGUAGCUAGUUUACUUACAGAACCACUAAUCGUGCACUGUGUAUGUCACAAGCUGCUCAUUGGCUCAGGAUCCAUUUACAGGCAUGUAAAAAUAAACAUGUGUUGUGCAAUACAAACAUUUAACACCAAGAUCUUCUUUUAAAGUGCAUCUAAGUCAUUUUUAGAUGACAAUUGACCCUUUAAGUUGAAUCUUUUCCACACAAUACAUACAAUUACUGAUUGACUUUUAGAACGUGGGUCAUAGCUUAUUUACACACUCGAGUGCAGUGCUGGAAAAAUGUCACAAUAUCAUUUAAAAGUUGUUUUUUUCUUUUUAAUUUCCAAUCUCACCGAAUAUUCCAUGUUAUCUGAUCAUUGUGUUAUAAAAACAACACAGUAUGGAGAGACCAUGUAAUUAAAGGGAAACUCCAGGCACCCAGACCACUUCUGCCCAUUGAAGUGGUCUGAGUGCAAACUCCCACUACCAUUAACCCUGCAAGUGUAAUAAACUGCAAUAAUUACCUUGCAGGGUUAAGUCCUCCUCUAGUGGCGGUCGACUAGACAGCCACUAGAGGGACUUCCGUGUUCUUAGAACACGAAAAGUGUUUUAAGCGACACUGGACAUCCACACGCUAUGUGAAAAACUCCAGCGUCGCCAAAAUCCCCCUUUCCUAUGGGGAGGUCUAAUGCGUGUGCACGGCCAUUUCCGCGCAUGGGCAUUAGGGCUCCCCGCUGGCUGACGGCAGGGAGAAGAGUAGACAGAGCCUGACCCAUCACUGAGGGACAUCGGCGCUGGACUCCAUUUAGUCACUGAAAGGGGUUUUAACCCCUUCAGCAAUUUUGGAGGGAGAGGGUCACUGUAGGGUCCUGCAGUGCUUUCCUGGCACUGGAGAGUCCCUUUAAAUACGUAUAACUAGGUGCUAAUACUCUAAAGCACUCCCUCAAGUGCCCAAACAAAAUCCAAUAUAUCAAAAAAAGAGAUUGCACACUAGAUUUACUAAUAAGAGAUGCACAUAAAUGCUUUAUUAAACCAAAAAAGGUACAACAAACAAGAAUCAAAAAAAUUAAAGUGACAACAAUAAGGCAAACAAGUUAAACAAUGACAGUUACCACAACGUACACAAGCCUAUUCUUAUGACCGCACCCUUGAGAAAGGCAGCCAGGAGGUGCCGAAACAUUGGGGUGUUAGGCUCGUGUUUCUGCCAGAAUAGGCUUGUGUAAGUUGUGGUAAUUGCCAUUGUUUAAUUUAUUUGCCUUAUUGUUGUCACUUUAUUUUUUUUGCUUCUUGUUUGUUGUACCUUUUUUGGUUUAAUAAAGCAUUUAUGUGUAUCUCUUAGGAGUAAAUCUAGUGUGCAAUCUCUCUUUUUUGAUAUAUCUGAUCAUUGUGUCACAUUUAAUCAUAUUCAUUCUUGUGCCUUUUUUAUUCUGUAUAGUGAUUCUAUACAGCCAAAGCAAGGCACUGUUUUCUUGAACAAAUCCGAUUUGUUUUUUAGCUGCCAUAACUAACUUAGUAAACGUUUUGUUUUGUUUUUUGAAUAAUUUUAAGAUUUCGUGUGUGUGUAUAUGUAUGUGUGUGUGUGUGUAUGUAUGUAUGUAUGUAUAUAUAUAUAUAUAUAUAUAUAUAUAUAUAUAUAUAUAUAUAUAUAUAUAUAUAUAUAUAAAUGAUUUACUGUUUUGUAGAACAGUUUUCUUUCUCCUCUUGUUAUUCAUGGCAUGUUGAGAUUGUAUACACAGGGCAGGAAAUUUCCAACAAAAAACACGUUGGACAAAUGAAAAAUGUUGAUUUUUCUAUGACUGUAUCUUUUGCUGAACUAUUAAAGAAGCAGUAAUACUUUUUUUCUUGUGCUUUGAAACAUUGCCAGGUCCUCCUUUUUAGUUAUUUAUUUUAGCAGUUUUCUGACAACUUUAUACUUUGAAAUGCUAUUGCUAUGUUAGAAAUGAAGUAUCCUCUAGAAUUCUGUACAUGUUUAUACGUUUGGAACUUUCCUUUACUGCCUUUUACAGUCUGUGGAGGGUCAUGAAGUGAAGUUAGGACGCAAGGAGCCAUGUCAGCUUGUCCUAAAUCAUCAACGUGAUGGACAAUAUGUGUAAGUAUUUAAAAGAAGAACUCUGUGUUUGUUUUUAAAUUAAAGGGCAACAAUCACUUUCCAUGAAUUAUAUUUAUGUUCACUUAUUCUCCACAUUUAAGUGACAUGUAUUUCUGAGAUGCAAAAAAAAUUAAUUAAAUGUAGAAAGCUACACCUCUUUAUCUUGGACCUGAACACCUUCAUCUUUGCUCCCUAUAAAUAAUUAUUGUAAGUAGGGCUUUGAAUUCAGAGUAAUUUUUUGUGGGAGUUUUUUUACACUUAAAAUGACGACUUAUAUGCCGGCAUAUACAGUUCAUUGUAAUAUGGCAAUUGUAUUAUAAUUAUAUAUAAUACGAAGCGUUUUGGGAUCACAGUCGGUGGUACCAUAAAUUGAGGAGUCAGAGGUUUUGUCCCACACAAAAGUCCUAGUGUCAUCAUAGAGAGCGCCAUUCAGAAAAGAGGAGGAAUGCAACAGUUGGGGAGAUUUCUCUGUGUCUAGUUCACAUUGAUCAACAAUGACCAUUGAUUUCCAUAGUUAUUCUCCCACUUUUUGGAGCAUGACACUGAUCAAACACCUUGCUGUUUUUAUUUCUCCUCCAUAUUUCGAAUGUGUGCCCAGCCAGUGCCUGUACUGAACUGGAUUGUUCUGUCAUUUGCUAACUGUUUAACCCCUUAAGGACACAUGACAUGUGUGACAUGUCAUGAUUCCCUUUUAUUCCAGAAGUUAGGUCCUUAAGGGGUUAAUAUAAAUUUUAAAUAAACAAAUGAUAAAAAGGUUAAGACAAGUCAGAGGUGAAUUUCAAUGUUUUAUUCAACUUAUUUUAUUUUUUUGUUAAUUUUCUUUAUUCGUUUCCAGUGAUCUGAUGGCUCCUUUUUAAUGUGUGCCAGUUAAAUUAAUUUUAUUGGCAGAAUUCGUGUUUUGUAUUUUGAAUUUGAAGUUUUUUUUUUUGUUUUUUGUUUUUUGCUGGUCCUUUGUCCUGAAAGCAUAACCGAUUAUAUAACUGGCACAGAAACCAGGGAGUUUUAGUUGCAGGUAUGAUCAAAAUAAACAGUCACCUAGUUAAAGUUGAUGACAUUUCUUCUCUUUCUUCAUCCGAGUAAACACUAUUUAUGACUAUAUAUGACACAUAUACUAGGUCUGGGGAGGAGUGCAAAUGUUUUAAAUCUAAAACAUUCUUACACUGCACUUCCUGACUUUCUAUGGCAAAUUGCAAAUUAUUAAGGCAAAACAGUUGUUUUUCUUGCUUCGUCCUAAAUGUUUACAUUGCAUUGUUUAUGAUAGCUCGUUAGUUAGCAUUUUGCAACAAAUAGCUCAUGGUUUUGCCUUAAAGGACCACUAUAGUGCCAGGAAAACAUACUCGUUUUCCUGGCACUAUAGUGCUCUGUGGGUGCCCCCACCCUCAGGGACCCCCUCCCGCCCGGCUCUGGAAGGGGGAAAGGGUUAAAAACUUACAUUUUUCCAGCGCUGGGCGGGGAGCUCUCUGCCUCCUCUCCUCCUCCGUUCCUCCUCCUGGGCUGAAUGCGCACGCGCGGCAAGAGCUGCGCGCGCAUUCAGCCCGUCGCAUAGGAAAGCAUUUACAAUGCUUUCCUAUGGACGCUUGCGUGCUCUCACUGUGAAAUCACAGUGAGAAGCACGCAAGCGCCUCUAGUGGCUGUCAAUGAGACAGCCACUAGAGGAAAUAGGGGAAGGCUUAACCCAUUCAUAAACAUAGCAGUUUCUCUGAAACUGCUAUGUUUAUAAAAAAAAUGGGUUAACCCUAGCUGGACCUGGCACCCAGACCACUUCAUUAAGCUGAAGUGGUCUGGGUGCCUAGAGUGGUCCUUUAAUUUCUCUCAUAUGUGCCCUCGGAACCAUUUUCCAUGGUCAGCUGCGUGGGGUAUUAAAGGAACACUCCAAGCACCAUAACCACUGCACCAUGUAUAGUGGUUUUGGUGCAAGGAGUGCCAUGGUACCAUCCAAUGAUAAGAUUGCCAUACUGCUUUACCAUGGUUUAAUGACUUACCUGGGUUCAUCUUUUGCACCUUGUCUUCUUAAGCAGCUCUGUAGAGCAAAGCAAGCCACGCUGGACCACAUGCGUUGACUGAGAGCUCUCAGCUUAUGUUUUCAGCCAGUGAUUGCUGUAGUGUAGAGAUGUCACAUGUUUCAUUUUUCUGACAUAGUUUAAGAGAAGGAGUGCUGUAUGGCUGCUGAAACAUGAUCAAGUGACUUUUCUUGAACAAAUGCGAGUUUAGGUCACAACAUAACUUCAAACAGCAAUUUGUACAUCUAUGACAUUUGUGCUUCUAUAGAAGAUGUUUUAAUAUUAUGUGCAAUUGGUUGAGAAACCAAAAUGGCUUCCAGAGGUUGUGACCUGUGACCUUUAUGUUGCAAAGGCUAUAGUGAUCCAUAGGUCUCUACCAUUGCACCAAGUUUCAUGAGUUAUUGACGAGUUUCGGGAUGGACUAUAUGUGUAAUAUGUGCAUAAAAAUGCAUCUGAACAAAAUAUUAGCUAGUCUGCAGCUUCGUUGCUUGUCCACCUAAUUUUAAAACCCUAUGCCUUCAUAUUUGUGGUUGGCUUUUCUAAAAAGAAUUCCGUUUUGUAAAGACCAUCCCUGAUGUUGGACAGCAUGCUGCUAAAGCUUCAGUCAUGGUUGCAAUGAGCACUCCAUAAUGUAGGAAAUGCUAUUUAAGGGCACAUUCCAGCUUAUUCAUGUUAUUCCUUUCACCAGCAUAUGCACGAAUUACUGGGAAAAUGACACCAAGCACACAGAAUGUCUUGUCAUAGAAACAGAAUUUGCUCUAUUUAUAUACUAAUUAAAUCCAUAGAUUGAUCAGUAAAAUGGUGUGAGCACACAGAAGUAUACUAUAGGAGAGUAUUUUUUAUACUCGCCUCUGCUGCACUUUACCAACUCCCAAUUCUUCUGUAUAUGACCAUUUACUAAAGUUAGGUGCAGAGAGGGGCUUGAUUAAAAACAAAUAAAUAUAAAGUAACAUUCAAAGCGCCAUAACCAGUACAGCCUGCUCUAGUGGUUAUAGUGCCAUGGGAGCCCUGGCACCCUCCAAGAGUUAAGUAGCCAAACCACUUAAAGGGACAAUAUAGUCACCAUAGCCACUACAGCUUAAUGUAGUUGUUCUGGUGUCUAUAGCCUGUACCUGCAGGAUUUUCAAUGUAAAGGCUGUCUUUUCAGAGAAAAGGUAGCAAUUACAUUGCUGCCUAGGAACACCUCUAGUGGCAGUUACUUAGAUGACCACUAGAGGUGCUACCUGGUUUAGCGCUGCACAGUGUGCAGCACUGGUGUUCGGAGUCUCCAUAAUCUGCAUGGAGGUGCUCAAUGUUUUCCCCAUAGAGAUGCAUUGAUUCAUUGUAUCUCUAUGAGGAGAUGAUAAAUGGUGGAGCGUGGCAUCUUGCCACACAUGUACAAUAGCCUUCCAUUGCUUUCCUAUGGGAAAGCAUUGGAUUUGGUGAGAUCAUAAAGACUGAUGAUCUCAAACAUGGAGGCCGAGCCAGCAGCGGCGAGACUGGGGCUGCGUGAGAAAACGGUAUACAUGUUUGUGUUCCAUUUAAGAAAGCUUUGCCAACUUAAACGGCUCCCGCCAAGCAAACUCUGCUGCCUCCCCAAUGACCCAACCCUACAUGACAGAGCUAAGCUCAAUUUAGCAAAUGGAAGCUUCAGGAGCCUGCAGCCGCAGGGAAGGUGCCAAUGGGUGCCAGACAGGACCUAGCUUAAUUUAGCAAAUGGAAGCUUCAAGAGCCUGCAGCCACAGGGAAGGUCCCAAUGGGUGCCCGACAGGACCUAGCUUAAUUUAGCUAAUGGAAGCUUCAGGAGCCUGCAGACGAAUUGUAGGUGCUAAUGGGUGCCCGACAGGACCUAGGUAAGUUUGUCAAAAUGUUCUAUAGGCUGUAGUGGUUAUGGUGGUAGGAGUGUUCUGUUAAACUCGUUAAAUAAUGAUACUAUACAUUUUUAGCCAUGUUACUGUGUGCACAUAUCUGCGUACAUGCGUAUAUUAGGAUUUGGAGCGUAUUUUACCUUUUCAUCGGAUGCCAGGCAGUGGCAGCUUUGGAUUUGUAGAAUAAAAUGCUGUUUAAAAAAAAAAAAAAAUAAUAAUAAAAAGCAGCACCACUAAUAUUUAACAUUUUGAUAGCUAACAAAAUCACUUGCAAAGUAAGUAAAGUUCCUCUUUAAAGCAAGCUGUUCUGUUUGGCAAUGGCAAUGACAUACUGAAAUUGGAAGUUGCUUUGGUAGCAGAAUUUAUGAUAAAACUGUGAACACUAGAUGGAAUAUUUAUCAUACUGCUCUCCAAUUUGCUGUUUCUAUGGGUGUUAGUGCUGAAGUAAAUAUAAAAACAAACACACUUACCAUGUGGUAAAGUGGUUAAAACUCAUUAGAGGGCGACUGAUGCUCAGAUCCCCCCGCACAGAAGGGACUGUAUUACAUCAUAUUUGGAAUUUAUAUUAGUCUCGCUUCCCUCAUUUUAUCAGUACCUAUCAUAUUUUUCACUUCUGAGUCUAUGGUCAAAGCUAGGCCUAUUGUCCAUAAAGGAGGUUUGGCUAAUAGACGGAGCGCUGACCCCCAGGUCAGGAAAUCGAAACUUCAACAACAGCCCCUCUGUAACUUUCACAGCUAAACUUUUCACUUGUUUGAUAUAGUUCUACUCUAACCAUUACAUUGCAUGGACAAGAUGGUUGUAUUUCGACUUAUUGUAUAUAACCUGUCCCCUUGCACUUGUUAAAUGGUCAACAUUUGGAAAACAAAUUAUUUUUUUAAAAAGGGUCACUAGAUAAAUGACAUACACACUAAUUUAGCAUUAGACAGAUGUUGCAACUGUUAAAUGCAUGGAACAAUUGCAUUUUUAAUAUAAAUCUCUGCAAAUGUUGUAUUGUGUGUUAGUGAUUCCAUUUAUGCUAUGGACAAAUUAUAGGACCUAUUUUCUUUGAAAGUAAACACGCUGGUUUGACUUGAAUGCAUUUGUUAUCUGUAAUGUAGAUUACCUUAGUAUUGCCUUUCAGGCAUUGUAUAGUGUGUAACACACACCUGUGCAACUCUGGGUUUAACCUACCUGUGACAAUACAAACCCUGCCAGUUCUAGUAAAAUUAAAUUAGCAUCUGAAUACAGUUUUAGAAAUUAUUUUUUGCAAUGUCCUUGUAAGAAGCAGAACCUGCUCUGCUUAUGUGCUAUAUAAUUUCAUAGAUUACAUAGUACUGUUACUGGCUUUUGGUUUAAAAAGAUUUAAAAUCUGACAAAUUAAGUAGACCUUUUUUUUUUUUUCCCCUCCCUUUUCAGGCUGGUCAUUCACUCCGAAGCAAAACAUUCAAACAAUGAAGAUGUUCUACCAAUAACAAGCAACUUUAAAUGUGUUCAAGGUGUAUAUUAAUCUGUUUGUUUUUCCAUGAUAAAAUAUUGCUUAGAGAUACUGUCUGUGCUCUGCUAAUUAUUUCCAUAAAUAUUAUUCAAAACUGUGUUUUUUGUUACUUUUAGUGUGUGUGUGUGUAUGUGUGUGUGUAUAUAUAUAUAUAUAUAUAUAUAUAUAUAUAUAUAUAUAUAUAUAUAUAUAUAUAUAUAUAUAUAUAUAUAUAUAUUUAUUUUCAAACGUAAGAGUGUCUUGUUUGUUAAAAUAAUUGUUUUUAGCUCAUAAAGGAAGUAGUAUGUUUCUGUUAUUCUGAGGUUGCAACAUUUAGUUUAAUUUCGGAUACUAAAUGUCAAAGGAAGAUGGAAACAUUACUUUUCAGGAACCACAAUGUGUCUAGGAAUAAAUAAUAAAAUAUUUAAAAAACCAAACAUAAACAGUUCUAUUUUCUGAAUCCCUUUACUUUUAAGAACACAGAAUCCUUUUGAAAUAAAUUGUUCAGUAGGAUUGUACCCGUAUUAAUAGUUAAAGGACUACAGUUGCACAACUCAUUUAAGAUUGCAAUUCCUGUUAUGUUUAGAUGGAUACCUAAGGCAGCUGAUACUGUUGCCUAAACUGACUCUAGUAACCUUAUUAUGUCACUGGUAGAAUUAGUUUCAUAGUAGUUCAUUUUACUUUGAUUUUAUAGGAUAAAUUAACACAUAUAUUCAUGGGCUCUGCAAAUGGAACGCUAUGAAUGUCGAAAAUUAAAUCUAUCAUUUUUAAAAUGAGCAUCAUACUCUGCAGUGCUGAAUAAUAAUAAUUUUGCCUGCUUGGGACUCUUGGCCUUUUCUGAGGGACUUGGCAAUAAAUGCGGAUUGUUGUGCCUCGAGUGUUGUUCCCUUCCUUGGGUAACAUAGAAUGUGAUGGCAGAUAAGAACUAUUCGCCCAUCUAGUCUGCCCAAUUUUCUAAAUACUUUCAUUUGUCCCUGGCCUUAUCUUAUAUUAAGGAUAGCCUUAUGCCUAUCCCACGCAUGCUUAAACUCCUUUACUGUGUUAACCUCUGCCACUUCAGCUGGAAGGCUAUUCCAUGCAUCCACUACCCUCUCAGUUAAGUAAUACUUCCUGAUAUUAUUUUUAAACCUUUGUCCCUCUAAUUUAAGACUAUGUCCUCUUGUUGUGGUAGUUUUUCUUCUUUUUAAAUAUAGUCUCCUCCUUUACUGUGUUGAUUCCCUUUAUGUAUUUAAAUGUUUCUAUCAUAUCCCCCCUGUCUCGUCUUUCCUCCAAGCUAUACAUGUUAAGAUCAUUUAACCUUUCCUGGUAAGUUUUAUCCCGCAAUCCAUGAACCAGUUUAGUAGCCCUUCUCUGAACCCUCUCUAAGGUAUCAAUAUCCUUCUCAAGAUACGGUCUCCAGUACUGUGUACAAUACUCCAAGUGAGGUCUCACCAGUGUUCUGUAAAAUGACAUGAGCACUUCCCUCUUUCUACUGCUAAUACCUCUCCCAAUACAACCAAGCAUUCUGCUAGCAUUUCCUGCUGCUCAUUACAUUGUCUGCCUACCUUUAAGUCAUCUGAAAUAAUCACCCCUAAAUCCCUUUCCUCAGAUGUUGUGGUUAGGACUCUAUCAAUGAGGGAUGUGGUUUAUUUUUAUUUACCUUGGAAGGAGAGGGGAGGUUGUGCUGAUUGCUGUUCAGAUAUCUGCACCAUUAUUAUGAAGUGGUUUUAUUUUUUGACAACUUUUACAUGUAUUUUUUGAAUUUAGUUAUUAAUUUCUCUCUUUUUUUUUUCUUUCCACAGAGGCAGAGGAGACUCUUCUCAUAGAUAUCCCCACCAACAGUAUGUACUGUGACUCCUUCUAAUCUUCAAUACUAAUUCAAUGUAAUCUGCCUGCACCAUUUUGUUAGUUUCUAGCUUGCCUGGUUGGCUCUGUGGUGUUUAAGUAAUUGCGAGCAAUUAAACAGUUUUAUAUCUCCAAAAAAGGUACACUAACGAUAACCAUUUAAUGUAUUUGACUUGGUUAUAGUGCCUGGUGUCUCAGGGCACUGUCCCUCCACUCUGUGUUGAACCAUUUUUAAAAAGUUUAACAAUAAAAAAGUGUCUUUGGCUAACCAAAAUCCUCCCCAUUACUGGAGGUGUGGCUAAGGCGGAGAUUACACACUUCUACGCAGUCAUAUCCAUUCCCAUUCUCAUUCAGCCAAUGACAGCUGCUCAUUUCUCCUUGGGCUAAUACUUCAUUAGCCAAAUCAGCAAAGAGCUACUGGAGACUCUCAUAAAGCAUUAAAAACUGUUUAACACUGAAUAAAUUUACAGCACCUGGCGACACCAGACACUAGAGCUAGUUCAUUAAGAUUAGGCCAAUAUAGUGCCUGCAGUGUCCUUUUAAGGAACAAUUUAAGCACCAUAACCACCACAGAGUGUUGCCCCCCUUCAAUGUAAGGUGUCCAUUUUCUAACAGUGUUUACAUUGCCCCUAGGGACACCUCCAAGUGGCCACUCCUCAGAUGGCCCCUGGUGGUGCUUCCUGGCUCAGUGCUGCACAGUAGACAGCAGUGCCAUUCAGCCUCUCCACGCUCUGCAUGGGGACGCUGAAUUUUCCUCAUAGAGAUGCAUUAAUUCAAUGAAUCUCAAUGAGGAGGUGCUGAUUGGCGAAAACAGCCUUUGGCCCCGCCCCCUGACAAUUUUAGCCAAUCCAAUGCUUUCCCCAUGGGAAAGCAUUGGUUGGGCUAAAAAUGGGCAAUUCUGAUGUCACCAAGGGGGCUUGGCCAGUGCCGGCGUACACGUGCGGCACUGGAAAUAAGGUGAGUUUUAAUUGCUUUUAAAUGGGGGCAAGCCACCUUAAUAGUGUGUGAAACAUUAUAGGGUCAGGAAUACAUGGUUGUGCUCCUGACCCUAUAGUGUUCCUUUAAUGGAAUGGCUGCUGGAGGGGUAAACUACUGAUCCCAUUAACCCCUCUUAAUUAGAAGAGCCUCUUUCUGGUCUAGUAAGGUUCUUUCUUCUUCUGAAUUCAACCCUUUUCAGCUAUGCAGCUUCAGAUGUUUUUGCAUUAUUUUGUUAAUGCAUGAAUACAGUGCAUUAUAAAAUGAGUUUUUUUUAACCGCUGCUUCCCUUUAAAAAUAAAUAAAUAAAAAAGUGUCAAAAUAUUCUAUCUUUACAAGUGUUAUAAAUUAGCAGUGAUAUAAAAAGGGACACAUUCGUCAUCUAUAUUGCACUGGGUUGUUUAACAUGUUGGGAAAAUUUACAAUCUCACGUGAACAACUGGUCUGUACAAGAGGGUGUAGACCUCACUUCUGUAAUCAGUUGUGUAUUCACUAAAAUGCAGACUUGUGGUGGCUUGAGAAGGGACUUGCUAAACUCCAAAUUGGUUGUUGGUUAUAAACUUGGCUUCCAAAUGAGUUCUUGGCUCUCUACAUUUACAACGCCCAUUUUAUUGUGCUUAGAAUGUUCAUUAAACAGUAAACAAUUGCAAUCUUUUAUUAAAACAUGCUAGCAAGAACAUGUGCUACUUAUUAUCUGUUUCAGUGGAGGUAUCGUAGGUAGAAGGUAGUUAUAAACCUGCCAGAAGUAUUUGCUUUUCAGGCGUGAUAGUGACCUAUGCUAGCUACACAUUUGUUUGUCUCUUAAAUUAGACGUGUCUAAUGUUUAAGUGACGUUUUGGACAGACUUAUCACACUUUUUUCUCUGUGUUUUACUAAACAUAGAACUAUAGAGAGGUAAAAACAGCAUUACAUAGUUAAGACAAAACUAGGUAAAUUGUAACUACAUGAGCUAUACAAGCUGUCAAAACAGCUAUUUUUUUUAAGUGGUUUAAGAAAUAAAAGCAUAGCUCCCCUGAAUUUUUAACCCUUACCAACCAUUGUACUGUCGCUCAAAUAAUGCAGAAUUCUCACAUGGACAGUAGAGAUGGGCUGCAAACAUUUUAAUUUGAUUUCUUUAUCCUUCAAAACCUGGUAACUUUCAAGCCAUUUGAAUAUACAGUUACUGGGUUUGAUAAGUCCAUACCCACCUUUCACCUGAACUGUAUCUGAAUAAAGAAAGAGGCAUGUUUGCAUUGGAGGAAACCUACUGCAGGCUUAGAUAUCUGUGCGUUACGUAGACUAAUAGAAUCAUCUAGCCACAGGUUAACUCUAUUAAGUCAUGCAUUUACAAGUACAUACAGUAUACUAGGCCUUUAACAGAUGUACUUCAUAUAGAAAAACAAUAAUAUGUUUAUUAUUUAUUGUAAAAAACAAAACAUUUAAUGAAAAUCCUGUAGCCACAGACAUCUGUACUUAACUCUCUGUACUUAAGACAACAUACAAGAUUUCGUACUAUUAUUUAUAUAUAUAUAUGUAUAUAUAUAUAUAUAUUUAUUUUUUAUUUAUUUUUAUUUUUUGCGCCCAUGGAAGGUGCAUACAUAAAAUGUAAUUUGUAGUAAUCAAUGCUGACAGGAACCAUAAUUAGAUUAAAAACUUCCUCUAGCACUGCUUUUAUUCAAGCAAUUGAAAUGGACGUACAGUGUGUGUCCAUUCCCUGUGGAUUACAAUGCUCAUGUGUCUUAAACUGAGCUGGUGCUCUUACCUGCUACCUUGGGAUGCAUUGGAGAAAACUGUAUUGGAACAAGAGCUUGUGACCUCCCAGAGUUCAUCUUGCAUCCUCCCGCAUAACGGUCUUUCAUAGGACAGAAGGGAGUGUUACCUGAUAGAAAAAGGGCAGAUUUAUUGGGACUCUAUAGGCACAUUUCAGUUUUACAGAAACAAAACCAGUCAGUCACUAUAGGUGCUUCCUGCAGUUUUAUGGAUUUUGACUCCGUGAAACGAUGCUGGACAUACUCAUGCGUUGCAUGAGGAGUUAAAAAAAAAAAACCCCACAGGAAAGUAUUUAUUCAAUGCUUUCUUAUGAGGUAGGCCUAAUGCAUGUGGCACUUGCUGCGCAUGCACAUUCAGUACAUGGAUUGCGUGGAUUUUGGUAGAGGAGAAGCCUGACCCUGCGCUGAAGGACAUCUGUGCUGGAAUAAGGCACACGUUUAAAAGGUUUUUAACCCUUUACAUGGGAUGGGGGCAGGGCCAGAGGGAUACUAUAUUGUCAGGAAUACAGCUCCUUUAAUGAACUGCUGAUAAGCCUUUCCAUUAUUCUGGAAUGUAAAUGUGUUUCUCACAGGAAUACGGAGAAAAAGAAAUCCAACAGGAAACAGACCAUGGGAGUUAAAUUAAAUCGUAUAUGUCAAACCAGACAGACGCUCGGAGCUCUGUUGGUGUUGCUCUUUUUGAGUCUUGGAAGGCAUGAUCCGAUUGUGGAAUGGCAUCUUGUGUUUUCAGUGCUACCUGUCUUUUGAUUAUUAUUAUUUUAUUAUUUAUAUAGCGCCAGCAAAUUCCGUAGUGCUGUACAAUGGGUGGACUAACAGACAUGUAAUUGUAACCAGACAAAUGGACGUACAGGAACAGAGGGGUUGAGGGCCCUGCUCAAUGAACUCACAUGCUAGAGGGAACAAAGUGUAAAGGUCCACCUAAUUAUCUGACCUGCCUGCAUCUUGGGGGGGAAAAAAUUGAGAGAAGCUGGUAACUUAACAAUGCCCAGGAAAUACCACAGUUGCACUUAAUCUGGACACACAUUUAUCCUGCAACUCAACGGAGGCGUGAUAUUUAGAAAGCAAUUUUACAACUUUGUUAAGUAAUUUUUAUUAAAACCGCCUUGGGGUAUUGGUUUUGUAAUUCGUCUGCUCACUUUCAGCUCUGCUGCCCUCGCCUUUUGUAUUUGUACAUAAUGCCCCGUGUUUCAGAUGCCUUCUGAGGCUGAAUACACAGCUGGCACAACACGCUACUAAUGAGAUACCCUUAAUAAUGGUUAUGUUAAUUCAACAGGGUUUCGUAACGCUGUACAUAUCUUUUAAUUUUAAUUGUUUUCUGGUCCCUUGAUUACCCUGUGAAUAUGUAUCCGCUUGAAAGGAAAUUUGUUUGUAAAGAGCUGCUGGGUAAGUGUAGCUGUGACUCAUGUUUUCCAAGCUGUCUUGUUCUUCCCUAGUAAUCUUUGUGUGACUGACAUGGCUGUGGAUUUCCUCUGUACACAUUACUUGUCACAGCGGUUUGGGCUUUGCAGGUUUUUUAGGAUUAUCUUAAAGAAUGCAGCUGCUUUACGAGAUGCAGGGAGUGACCUGUAGCUGGUUCAUAGGAGUUGGCAUCAUAACUCAUAGAUGGAUUCAUACAGUAACCUUACUGUGGGCACCUUGUGAACUUACAUUGCUAAGACAGUAGUAGAGAUUGCUUAGGGGACAUGGAGGAUGAUGGGACCUGUAGGGAGAUGUAGCAUAUAUAUUGGAAAUAAAAAUGGGAAGGGGAUUGAAAUAUAGUUCUAUGCAGUAAGGAUCAGAUAUGACUGGAAGAGGAAUAUAAUUAAGAAUAAUCAGUUGAACUAACCAAUUUAUUUUUUUCAUAGAAAUAUUACACUUUUGAGUUAAUUACUGUCCAUUUCUUGUCACCUGAGUAAAUGCUUUCGAAUUCUUUACUCAAAGAGUUCUAGAGGUGAAUAUGAAAGUAAACUAGCUAUUCAGUACUUGUGAGAAUUGGCCAGAGAAGUCCUUCCAUUAUUGCCAUGAGCAAUCUUGUGUUCUCAUGUGCAGACCGUUUACAUAUUUUGUCUAGCUCUGUCUUGCACCCUCAAAUGUGAACUACUAAAAAAAAAAAAUAUGAGGCAAUAUUUUGAGAGAAAUUAAAUAGCACAACUCAAGUUUUAGUUCGCUCAACAAAUGGACCGUUCCUCAAUGUGCCAAAAUCCGUAUGUGAUGCAUUAGGCAGCAAAUAACACACUGUUGAUCUCAGCAGUAGAAUAUUGCUCUAGUUCAUGGACAACCACUGCAGUGGGUGACCAAUUAAAACUUGAAACUGUAAGUAAAGACUUGCUAGAAUCUUUCUCUUGUGAGGUUUUUAAAAAUAUAGAAACAUUAUAGAAAAUUACAUAUGGGGAGAGAAUUUCAUUGCAGUUCUUGCAUUGUCUCUAUUUUCUGCAUUAAAGACAGUGGGAUAUUUUCUGGUUUGUGUUCCCCCACCUUUUUUAUAUAUAUAAAUCUCUAAAUCUAACCUGGCUUUGCUAAAUAUUCCCACAGUGCCUCACAAGGAAUAAAUACUUAAGACUAGAGGGGGGGCAUUCCAAGCACUAGAACUAUUACAGCCUGUUGUAGAUAAUGUAGCACAAGUACUCUGAAGACCAGCUUUUUUUUUUUUUUUUUUCUAUCAAUUUAUUUUUCAAACUUUACUCCCUUCAGAUCUCUUAUAUCAUAUGAGAAGUUUCACCUUCCUCACUAAAAUAAACUGUAUAAUCAUGGUGUUUGGAGUGAUCUUUCCUUGACAUUAAGUACCUCUAUUUGUAGAAGCAGUGAGGAAGCCACUCACAGACAAUUGGAAAGCACAUGACGUUUGUUUCUUUAUUCCAUUGCAGUGCAUUCUAAUUUUUGCCUCAGUAAAAUUAAUUGUAUUUCAGUUUAUCAGUACUCUAUAGAUUCUGUUCCACCUGACAACAAAUAUAUGAAGUGUUCUAGCUCACAAAUAACAUUUAGCACCUCUGUCAUUCUACUUUUUUGUUUGUUUACUCCAAUAGUUUUACCGUUGUUAAAUCAACAAAGAUGUGUAUAAACGGCAGCUGUCCUGCCUAAUAUGACAUGGUGUCGCUUUAAAUAAUUUGUAUGUCAUACAUUGUGCUAGCCAAAUUACUAGCAAUUGUAUAGAUUUCAGGACAAUCAGGAGGUAGGAGGAAAGUGCAGACGAGCAGCAAUCUGUUUAAUACACAGGCUCUGGGAUCACGGAGGCUGCAAUAGUGAUGGAGAGGGUGUUGAGUUAACCUAAUUUUUGCCACAUUUUGUCUAAAUCGAAUACAUUUGGAAUGACAAAAAUAUCAAUGUGACCAAAUGUUUCCUAUUGUGAACUAUUUUUGUGCGGAGUUUGGAUGUUUUCAUUUUAGUGAUAUUGCUGCUAUUGCGGCGUUGAGUCAUAAAGGUGUGAUGUUCAGCAUCGUAGGUCGGCUAACACCAUUUAAAUCUUCCUAUUUUUCUGUUCUUUGAUACUAUUCUCCAGGUUCGUAAUGUAACCUAUUGCUUGACACUCCAAGUCACCUAGAGCAAUUUAAACCUGCAUUGUUGUACUCUGUGGAAAGCGCUGAAAAGCUAGAAUCAGCGGGAGUCAUUGUCCUGGAACUGAUUGUGUGUGUAUAUAAAUCCUAUGAGUUUGCCGUAACAUUGUGCCGGAUGCUUGUUUGCAGGUGGCUGUAAAGUGAGAGUACAAGCUGACCCUUGGUCUGCAGAGCGUCUGUUUGAAAUUUCCGACGAAGAUAAAUGCAUGGAGUUGCUGGCACAGAUGCGGAUCAUACAGGAGAGUAAGUGCUUACUAAAUGUUUAUAUUGUGCAGCGGAACAUAAGCUUUAAAUAGUUUGCUUGGGUAUAUGGGUCAUUUAAGCACGCAACUAAAACCUUACAGCAAGGUGUUUUAUACCAAUCACUAUGAACUAAUAGGGUGGCUCUAAGCACGAUCAGCUCUUAUGCUCAUUACAUAGGGUAUGGUGCAAUGAGGUCCUACGUACCGUGUCCCUUUCGUAGUUGUUUACAAGUGCAGAGAUUUGUAAAAAUAGCUGAAGCUAUAACCUAACCGAAUACAAACUGUAUGCACACUCCUCCCCUUUUUGUCUACAUGGUUAUAAAAAACCUUUAAAAAAAAAAAAAACUUUUAAUGGGGGCCAUGAAUAAACUGAUAGCAGCAUGUUGGCUUUUGUUUUUUCUUUUGCAUUUCUUCUCCUCAGGAUUGAUAGUUUGAGCUGCGCCAGCAGUUAUCUACAUAUCGUAAACCCAGUGCACAGGGUUCAAAGAAGAAUAGAAAGGCUCCUGGUUGUUGGAGCAGUCUUUCUGGCCUGCUUAAGUGCGGUUGCUUUUAAAAAAAUAAAUAAAUCAAAAGUAAAUAGAAGAAAAAAAAUAGUAAACCGAAGCUACUACAGUAACACGUCUGCAGUAACCCACCAUACAUUAUACUUAAACUGCACAGUUUAUGCUACUCAUUUUUACAGUGUGAAGUGUAAGAAUAUCUUUUAAAAAAGUGAGAUUUAAAUGUACAGUAUUAAGUACUGUGUAUCUUUUUUUUUUUUUUUUUUAAAUAGGGCAGCUAUAUAUAGACCUUGAGUCACAACUAUUGAGCUCAGUGAUUUGAACUUGAGUGAUUUGUAUUUAUGGCACCGUUAUCUUACUUAAAUAAAAUCCAUUUGUCUGUUUAUCUAUCUUCUAAAGCGCUUUUCUUUUCCCUGAUCCAUAGCUAAACUAUUGAGUAUAUAUAUAAAAAAAAAAAAGACAUUUGCAAAGCGUUUUGUGCGCCAUAGAAUCCCUGAUUAUUCUGUGGUUUGACUGCAUAUGCAAUUAAUGUUUUCCUCAUUUAGAACAAUUCCUGCUGAAAGCGAGCUAUAUUUUUAAUACAGAAAGUUCUAGGCAGUGCAGGGAUUAUAGCAUUAUUGAUCAGAUAGGUAUUCAUUCCAAUACGGUGGCCACACUAUAUAUCAAAGACGGGGUCAUUUAUUUAACAGAUCCAUGUGUAUAUUCCCUCAAAAGCCGGUGCUGUGCUGGACCAGUGUGUUUUAUAGUAGAUCAUUUUUAGGGUCAGGAUAAAUCUCCUCCUAAUUGCUAUUUUCAACUGCAAGCAACAUAUAUUACUGGAAAUCUGUCAUCCAUCAAACAUAGGUUUACACUUCCUAUGUGUAUUAUGGCUAGGAAAGUAUAAGCAAACAUAGAGCAAGUGCAUGUUUGUUAGCUCCACGCUUGUCACUGGAACUAAUGUGACUGUUAUGCCAUAGUGCAUGUGACAGUUGAAGCCGCUUACAUGAAUUUCUUGCAGCCAUUUAAACAGUUUUUCCUCUGCUGAGGAUCUCUUUCCCCAUUCAGGGGCAGAUCACUGGGUAAGAUAACUUUCUAUAGCUGUGCAUUUGAUACCAGUUUGCUAACACCAUAUAGUUUAUUAACACUGGAUUGUAGUUUACUGAAAAUCAAAUUGCAACAUUUUGGCUAAAAUAGCUUUCCCGAUUUGACUUUGUUCACAACCUGGCUAUUUUAACAUUUUGCAGUUGGGGUGUUUAGUGAUAGCAUUUAGCUGCACUGCAAAAUGGAUCUGUCAUGUUUGACAUAUCAGCGUUCAUACAGCUUUGUUUCCGUUGAUUUCCUGUUCUAAAGGAUUUCCUUUAUCAUUCGACCUCAGCCAGUUUGUAUUGUGUGUCUGCUUUUUAGGGUUUUAGAAAACACUUUCCCCCCUCAGGAUAACAGUAAACUUUUUAUGCACUAUUUUAAAUGUGUUUUUUAAUGACUGCUGUAAGAGUAAACUUGCAUUACAGUGAGCUAGGGCUUCAUUUUUCAAUCUCUAUUGUCAUGCAGCAUAUCUAAAAACUGUUCGAUUUGAUAAGAAAGAGUCAUCUAAUUGGUACCAACCUGCAGGAAAGAUUGAGGCUACACCUGGGAUUCCCUCAAAAGCCGCUCCAGGUAUUUAUAAUUGAGUCCGUUAUUAACCUUGUACUGCUUUUAUAGUGUGUAACGUUCAGUUCGUAAUAUAUGCAAAUGCAGAAUAGUUCUCCAGUGGGGGAUGGACAGCAUGUGGACUGAACUUUUUUUCUUCCAUUAUAAAUUUCCUGUGAAGAUUUAGUGAGCAAAUUUCUGCUUGAUUGAGCUUCUGAAUGCUAGCGAUAUUUUUCCAUUUGAGGAAGCUUGUCACCAUUUUUGCAGAAAUUGCCAUAGAAGAUGAAAUGUCAGUUAUGGCCUCCAGCAUGUCUGAUUAAUGCGUAAUAUAUAAUGUAUCUUGAGCCAUAGGUUGUAAAUGUAGCUUUGUUUUUUUUAUUUCAUAUUGUAGCAAUAUUUCUGGGCUGGUUUUCAUUUUGGAGUUGUGUGGGCUGGUUUCAUUUUUGUUUUUGCAUAAAAAAUGUGAAUACUGUAUCUUUAAUAUACCUAUCCAUGGAUACGAAGCAUUGUUUCUUUGGGUUGCGCCUGUGUUUUAGCACACACUGGUGCACAGAAAUGUUUGUUUCUACUUUUUCUUGUAAAAACUUAACUAGAAGAUCUUGAGCAAGUGAAUAAAAGCUGUGACUUCAUGAUUUAAACGCUGCAGUUAAACCCUGUGUUAUAGAAAACCACUGGCAUUUCGUUAAAGGAACACAAUGUCAGGAAUACAAAUAUAUAUACCGUAUAUACUCAAGUAUAAGACCACCCGAAUAUAAGUCGAGGCCCCUAAUUUUACCACAAAAAACUGGGAAAACGUAUUGACUCGAGUAUAAGAUUAGGGUGGGAAAUGCAGCAGCUGCUGCUAAAUUUCUAAAUAAAAUUAGAUCCCCAAAUAAUUACAUUAAUUGAAUAUUUAUUUUGUGUAUAUAAUGAAUGCAGUGUGUGUAUGAAUGCAGUGUGUGUGUGUGUUUGUAUGAGUGUGUGUGUAUAUAAUGCAGAGUGUGUGUUUGUAUGAGUGUGUUUAUAUAUAAUGCAGAGUGUAUGUAUAUGACUAGAGUAUAAGACGAGUGGUGCUUUUUCAGCACAAAAAAUGUGCCGAAAAAGUCAUCUUAUACUCGAGUAUAUACGGUGUGUGGGUGUGUAUAUAUAUAUAUAUAUAUAUAUAAUUUUACAGGAAUUGCUAUUUAGGUCCUCAGGCCUCUCUACGUGGAGAUUAAUGGUGGUCCUGUUUCUGUGGCUGAAAUCAUCAAUCUUGUUGAUCCAAACCAAUUCAAUGCUUUCAGAUAGGAAAGCAUCAGGAGGCAAUUGUGCAUGUGCAGAACACACCACGCUGCACCAAUCAGCAUUUUUUAAUAGCUGACACAGAAAGCACAUCUUGUGGCUGUCUGAGUGAUUGCACAUAGAGAUGUUACUAAACCACAAUGUAAACACUGCCUUUCUCUAAAAAUGCAGUGUUUCCAGUGCUACAGCUGCAGGGACAUGCUAUAGACAUCAAAACCAAUACAUUAAGCUGUAGUGGUUCUGGUGACCAUAGUGUCCUUUUAUCUUGAUUUCACUCUACAAAUCAUAAGACAAAUGAGGCAGUAGGAAUUCCAAUACAAUAGAAUAGCUGUAGUCAAAACAAGAGGUUAUUAAUUCUUUGUUGUGGCAUCUUGAAUGAGAAGUGGGACAGGCUUGUGCAGUGAGUUUGAGGUGGAAAUAACAGAACCAUAUGAGUGCUUUAGAUGUAGGUGGUAAAUGCAUGAUCGUGUCCAAUUUGAAAUCCCAACAUUUAUCUAUAUAAUGGCCUAAUAAACAUAUGCCACUAAUAGCAAUAUAUAUUUUGCCCCCAUUUAUAUUGUAAACUUGUUUGAACACUUCCCUUACCACCUCUUGUUCCUUUAAGUCAAAGUUGUCUCCUUCCUUAGUAAUUCAACACUGUGGAGUGUGUCAGAGCUUUAUAAAGUAUAUAAUAAUAUAAUAUUGAGUGCUGGUAUUUGAUGACAUAGGGACUACAAGCGUUGAGGAAAUGGUUAAUUAUUGUGCCAUGAUUAUAUUAUAUUAUAAUUAUAUUAUUGUACCAUUUUAAACCACUUAGAAGGGAUGGUAUGUUAAGUGUGUGUUGUGUUUUUGUAGCACAAGUGUAUUAAUUAAUAUACUUGAUGUGCCUACUGUAAAUCUGCUCUAUAUAAAUUUGUGAAUUUUAUUUUUAUUUUUUUUUAAUUAAAGGAAAAAUUAGUAAGCACACUAUAGCUUGAUAGUGUAUAUGAACAGCUUUACCCUUUAAAGCUUUUUUUUUCUUCCUCUUUCUCCCUAACAGAGCGCCGUUAUGCUUAUCUCUUCUUGUCACUAGGCCACUGUGUACAUGAUGCUAUGUAAUCCUAGACUGUUCUUAGUUUCAUUAAUCAUAGUUUAGAAAAUGUCAACCUUUCUGAUACGCAUGAUUUUGUAGGUAUAAAUUACUUAAAUACAAUAAGGAGUCGGUAAAUAUAAUUUAUGAUCCAGUACAUAGUUCUCUUUGAUUUUUUUUUCAAAUAAAUUUUUUUUGCCAUGGGGCAUUUUAUAGCAGGGGGGAAAAAAAGAAUUGGUGAAUUUGAAUAAAUUGUUUCUUGUUACUAACUUUCUUCUUUCUCUCACUCUCAUUUCAGGGAAUUUGGGGUUUGAUGAUAAUUUUAGUGUCGCAAAUAUAGAGAAGAGGAGGAACCUUGAAAACAGACAACCGGGCUCGCGCAGAGAACCGCCUCCUCCCCCUCCACCAGCUGUGGACAGGAAGUAAGUGUGUUUAUUAUCUACUAUGCUUUUUUUUUUUUUAAUGAAAAUUGAUCAUUAUGGUUUAUGUUCUUGCUCAGUAUAUAUAUAUAAAAAAAAAAGUAUUAAUUAUUUCUGUGGUUAUGGUGACUGUAUGUACUUACUACAUUUUGUUUUUUCUUCCUUCCCAAAGUCCUGUUCGGGAGCGAGAGAGAGACCCAGCUGGAUGGGAGAAACCUAGAAUGACCAACAGCAUGCGUAAACUGUUUGUCCCAAACACCCAGUCUGGACAGAGGGAAGGACUGAUUAAACAUCUGCUAGCUAAAAAAGAAAACGAAUAUGUGAAUAUCGAGAACUACAGGUCAGUGAGAACAGUCAUUCUUUAUGAAUAAAACAUCUUCAUACCCAUUGUCUACAUGUGGGAAUGUGCACAUACACUGUGUGAAUAGUUCUACUUGGUGAAAUCCUUCAAGGUAAAAAGUUAUGGUUAGCAAUCACACUACAGCCAGGGAGUUAAAACAUUUAGGAUGAAGGUUAGGGAGAAAUCAAGUCCAACUCUAAAUGAGAUUCUAAUACUUAAAUUAAAGAUAAUGCUAACUCUGAGCAGAUUUCUAAUUUCAUCCAUAACAGAAAUGUCACCGUUUAGCAGAUCAAGCAGAUGAAUUUACUGGCUUAAAGGGACACUAUAGUCACCAGUGCAACUAUGUGUAUUCCUAACCCUAUAGUGUUAACAGGACCAUCUAGCCCCCCUGGGCCCCUCAUGCCUCCAUAAAUACAGUAAAAAUCUUACUGUUUUCAAGCCAGAAGCUGUAAAUCUGCAUGCUGUUAGACUCAGAAAAACAAACAGUCUGCUGACAUGUGGUAUCUCUAUGUGCAAUCACUCAGACAGCCACAAGAUGUGCUUUCUGUGUCAGCUAUUAAAAAAUGCUGAUUGGUGCAGCGUGGUGUGUUCUGCACAUGCACAAUUGCCUCCUGAUCCAAUCACAGUGCUUCCCCAUAAGAUUGGCUGAGACUGACAAGGAGGCAGAUCAGGGGCAGAGCCAGCAUGAUUCAAACACAGCCCUGGCCAAUCAGCAUCUCUUCAUAGAAAUGAAUUGAAUCAGUUAAUCUCUAUGAGGAAAGAUCAGUGUCUGCAUGCAGUGGGAGGAGAUACUGAAUCACAGGAUGCUCGUGCACAGCAGAUCUGAGUGACUGCAACUGGAGGUGUUCCUAGCUUUCAAUGUAAACACUGUAUUUUCUGAGAAAAUACAGUGUUUACAUGAGAGAGGCUGCAGGGAGCUAUAGUUCUCACCUGAACAACCUCAUUAAGCUGAAGUUGUUCAGGUGACUAUAGUGUCCCUUUAAAGAUUCAUUCCCAGAGCCUGGUUAACAUUGCCAAACCCACUACUGUGGGACAUCAUCUGUCCCUUUUGUAAGCCUGCCAUUGACCCUUUCCAGCUUAUGAAUUGGCAUUACUUUAGAUUUUAAAGGACAACUGCUGCCUUAUAAAAAAACUUUAAAAAAAAAUUUUCAUCAAGUUUUUAAAUAGAUUUAAAUAAAUGAAGUAUAUGUGAAAAAAAUCAACUCAUCCUUACCUUUAGUAUAUAACUGGAUCCUUCAGCCAUAGGCACGCACCUGGGGUCGGACAGGGAGUUAGGCAGGUGACUAUAGGCAGGGAGUGGUUCUGGUGACCUUAGUGUCCCUUUUAUAUGUAUUCUUAAUUCUCUAUAAGCUUUGCUCUCAGAAACUCUGUGAUGCAAAUUGUAUUGACUCAUUUCAGUGUUUUAUUACUAGAAUAUCGUGCUUAAUAUAAAAAGAAACUCAUACUGUAAUGUUAGCCAAUAAAUUACUGCUAAAUCCAACCUUUAACCAUAAAUGUCCUAACUCAGUGCUGUAACGCAAUCUAUAACCUCAGCUGCUGGUGUGAAGAUAACUUUGCACAGCAAGACCUUGCAAAGUAAGUAGUCUUAUAAAAACAUAACUGUACUUACAUGUGCUCAGGAACCAAUCUCUUCUGGUAGUGUUUUGCUUGCUCUUUAAAAUAGAAGAGUAAAGCUUUUAUGCAUUUGCUGUGUGCACAGAGGUAUGCUUUGCUGCUGUAGUGCUAAGUGUGACACGUUCACAGCUUAAAUGUAAACCCUGCAAAAUGUUAUAGGGCUUGACCCUUAAUGUCCCUUCAGCUGAGCGCAUAAUCUAUCAAUAUAUAACCAAGAGGCUGCUUUCACCUGAACAUGCAUAUAUAUUAUAGGGUGCAGAUGGGCCAAUUCAUUUGGAGCUUGUGUGUUAUUUUUAUAUAUACGUGUAUAUAAAAAAAAAUUGUCUUCUGUAAUCUACAUAAUAUAGUAUAUUACUAUACUUUCUUUCUUACUGCUCUCUCCUUGAUAAGGGUACGCAAUUCUUUUAGUCAUCAGGAUGUUUAUUUGCAUGUUGCGGGAAGUGAUUGAGUUCUGAGGUUUACUGCAAUUUGUAUGAUAAACCCACUAGGGAAUGGUGGGUGUAAAAUACUCUGAACAGCAUGUAAUAGAACCUUUUUUUUUUGUGUGCAAGGGGCGCAGUCUGCCUCUGUAUGCUCUGGUGAUAGUGAUGGGAUGGAUCUGUGACAUCACAUCGUCCCAAGAAGAGAUGUGAAAACAGUCUCUGCUCCUUGUUCAACAUUCAUUUACUAUUAACUACCAACAGUGAACACUGGGACAUAGAUAUAGAGAGAGAGAUACAUUGAUCGCUAACUCAGAAUAUUAAUAGAAGGAGAAAAGGUGAAUGAUAGAGGGAUGAAUCAUUGCGUGGUGGUGGGGGCAGCUAUAUUCUAUAUUCUUGCCAGUGGAUGCCAGAACACAGAAUAGUAGACCAUGAACAUCUGAGUUGUGUUUUCUGACUAAAGGGCCACUGCAGUUAUUAUAAUAUUAUGUUUUUUUGGCUAUAACCCUUUUAGGGCAGUUUGACAAAGUUCAGACUCUAUCCAACACUACCAAGCCCAAUGCUCAGAUAAUGUGGAACUUCUUUUCUUAAAGCAAUAGUAGGCUGGCUGUGACUUUGCUAGUUUUAUGUGCUGGAGAGCGCUUCAAAAUGAAUAAUCAAAAAAAUGUGGUACAGCACCCAAAGAUUCAUUGACCAUAAUCGCUCCAAUGAACUGUAGUGAUAUUGGUGCUUAGUAUCCCUUUAAAUUGGGCUUUGUUAGAGUAUGAGAGAUGUGUAAAUGGCCUUUACCAGUAACCUUUGCAUUUUUCGAAGAAAACGCAUGUAUUCUAUUCCUGUCUGCUUACUGUGCUUUCAACUUGCAAAGUAGACUAUGCCCUGUUCUCGAACGCAUCACCCACCUCCUCUGAACAAAAGGGAGGUCAGUCUGAAGUGUUACUUUUCCAUUUGCAUGCCCAGAGGAGUUUUAGAAAUGUUCUUUGCUUCAUCUGUGCAGUUUAUCGGCUCAUUAAAGGAGCACUAAAUGGUACAUGUAGCUGUGUACUACAAAAGAGACACUUUAUUUAGCACAGCCAUAUCUAUAUAUAAAAUGUCUCAAGGACAGGAAUAUGCUUUUGACAGAAACUGGUCUGGAGUUUCCUAAUCCCCACAAUCAGUCAGUCAUCCUGUAAAGUGAAAGGCUUAUUUAAGAAUAAUACAUUUUUAGUGCAGUCCAGAAAGAAAGCAAUAUAGAUCGAAAGUAGGCAUAUGUUGCAAUUCCUUAUGCUUACACGCUGUUACUCAUAGACUAGUCGACUACCACACACAUCAAGCACAAUUUAUUUACAAAAUAUACUGUUUUGAAAAGUCUCUCUUUUGGCUAGAACAAUACUAAUAACAUAUUGGAGAAUGUUUUUUGAUGGGACUUGUCUUAAAUUGAAUCAUACCGGCACCAUGCUGUGGUGUUAACGAUUUGGAUUUGCAAAAAUUACCCAUUUCAAAAUAUGGAGUUCUUUUUAAAACUGUAUCUUAUAAAUGUGUCUCUUGUUUCAGUGCACCCACACAUUAUUUUGCUUUGUUCAGUUGAUUAUGAAUUCCCAUCUCAUUUCCUCCUGUUGCAAUGACCAUUUGUUAGCCUUCUCACAUCAGAUUACCUAAUGUAUGAUGUGUUGCAGAUUCUUUGUGGGUACUUGGAAUGUAAACGGACAGUCUCCAGAUGGAACCUUAGAGCCAUGGUUAUGUGCGGACACUGACCCUCCUGAUGUCUAUGUUGUUGGGUGAGUGUGCACAUGUAGUUUUUUUUUCUUUUUCUUUUUUUUUUUUAAACCGGAUUCUAUGUAUUAGAAUUGUGCUUCCAUGAUUAAAUGGCUCUAGCACUAAUUCUUUUUGAACUUAUAGUCUUUCUGUGAAGCAAUGUAAUUUUGAUUCAUGGCUGCAGUGUUCAGUUUUGCAUUUGGUAUAGACUUUUUUUCCUGCUAUCUACAGGACAGUUUCUAGACUUACUGAUUUUUCUGGGUGAAAGUAGGUUCUCAAUUGGCAAUCUCUUUCAGGUUUCAAGAGCUUGACCUCAGCACAGAAGCGUUUUUCUACUUUGAUUCAGGAAAGGAACAGGAGUGGUUGGAAGCUGUUGAAAAAAGCCUACAUCCAAAGGGCAAAUAUAAGAAAGUGAGUCCUGUUUAUUUUACAUUUCUUUGCAUCACAGUAAAUCAGAAAGAUCUGAUUCUUUCAUGAUGAACUCAUAAACAGAUUGCAUCUUGUGAGGAGUCUUAGACAGUGGUUAAUGUGCUUAAAGGACCACUAUAGUGCCAGGAAAAUAAACUCGUUUUCCUGGCACUAUAGGGUCUUUAGGUCCCCCCCACUCUCAAGGCCCCCCUCCCACUGGGCUGAAGGGGUUAAAACCCCUUCAGCCACUUACCUUUCUCCAGCGCCGGGCAACUCUCCUCCUCCUGCCAACGUCCACUCUGAAUGCGCGUACGCUGCAAGAGCCGCGCGCGCAUUCAAACAGUCCAUAGGAAAGCAUUACUCAAUGCUUUCCUAUGGACGUCCAGCGUCUUCUCACAGUGAGAAUCGCGGAAGCGCAUCUAGCGGCUGUCAGUGAGACAUCCACUAGAGCCUGGAUUAACCCUCAGUGAAAUAUAGCAGGGACCUGGCACCCAGACCACUUCAAUGAGCUGAAGUGGUCUGGGUGCCUAUAGUGGUCCUUUAAUAGUUGUGUUAUAGCUAAAUUGGAAUAAGAUUCCUGUUAUUUUAUGGUAGCAACAUUUUCUGAAUUUUUUUAUUUUUUUGUUAGAUCAGUUAGCAAUGCCACAGUAAUAUCUCUUUAAAGUAUAAAAAAAGUUCUGCAUAUAGAGCAUCUCUUUUUGAGUAAAGGUGCGUGUGUUUGUUUUCUCAUUCUUUUCAAAGAAACCUAGAAUGUGACGGCAGAUAAGAACCAUUCAGCCCAUCUAGUCUGCCCAAUUUUCUAAAUAUUUUCAUUAGUCCCUGGCCUUAUCUUAUAGCUAGGAUAGCCUUAUACCUAUCCCAUGCAUGCUUAAACUCCUUUACUGUGUUAACCUCUACCACUUCAGCUGGAAGGCUAUUCCAUGCAUCCACUACCCUCUCAAUAAAGUAAUACUUCCUGAUAUUAGUUUUAAACCUUUGUCUCUCUAAUUUAAGACACUGCCCUCUUGUUGUGGUAGUUUUUCUUCUUUUAAAUAUAGUCUCCUCCUUUACUGUGUUGAUUCCCUUUAUAUAUUUAAAUGUUUCUAUUGUAUCCCCCCUGUCUCGUCUUUCCUCCAAGCUAUACAUGUUAAGAUCCUUUAACCUUUCCUGGUAAGUUUUAUCCUGCAAUCCAUGAACCAGUUUAGUAGCAUUUUUCUGAACUCUCUCUAAAGUAUCAAUAUCCUUCCUUCUCAGUUUAUGCUGCAUUAGUUAAAGUAGUAUAAAUUAACCCUUUAUGGGGCAGUCAUCUACUACACAUAUAGAAUUUGCCUCCCGAAUGCUGUUAAUAAAUACCUCUUUACUCCAUUGCUUUUUGAUGAAUGAAAGAGGCCAUCUGUUUCAGGUUCGGUUGAUCAGACUUGUUGGAAUGAUGAUGCUUGUGUUUGCGAAGAAAGAACACUUCAAACACAUCCAGGAAGUUGUAGCAGAAUCUGUAGGAACAGGCAUUAUGGGGAAAAUGGUAACUUUUUAUUUUAUUUUUUUUACUCUGUAAAAUAAAAGAAUGCUGAAAAAAAGUUCUGGUGCUCUUCUUUUUGUCAUAUUACAUAUUUUCUUACCUCUUCUUAGUUACCCUGUGAACUAAUUAAUUUUUUUUAAUUAUUUUUGUUUUGUUUAUUUUUUUGCUCCUCUUUAGGGCAACAAGGGAGGUGUAGCCGUGAGGUUUAUUUUUCACAACACGAGUUUCUGUUUUGUUAAUUCUCACCUGGCUGCACACGUGGAAGAUUUUGAGCGUCGGAAUCAAGAUUAUAAGGAUAUUUGUGCUCGUCUGAACUUUACUGUACCUGACCAAAAUAUACCAACCUUAAACAUCAUGAGGCAUGAGUAAGUUUCAGCAAAGCUGUGUUGAGAUAUUGUUGUUCUAAGUGUCAUGUCAAAUCUAUAUAUUAAGCGGAAAAAAUACAGGUUAGCUCCUAGAAAUGCUGCAACAUUUAUAUGGCAAAUGUGCAUGAUCCUAACAAAUAGGCUUUAUGUCAGUAAACGAAAACUAGCAAUCUUUCACUGUCAAUUCUAGGUAGGUGUCACUGACCUAAUGUUAAAGUAGAGUCCCCAACCUGCCCUCAACACUCUCUGUGGAUCCAUCCAAAGUUGGACAGUUAAUGGUAAAUGUUCACUUCAGCUUUAGUCAAGUUGAUUCAGAACUUUAGAUUCCAGGAGAUUUUUUUUUUUUUACCACAUGAAAAAUGUUUUACACUAGCCCAGGCGACGGUGUACAAAGACUGUCUGGACUAUAACCACUACAGCGAGCUGUAGUUAUUAUGGUAUAAAGUGUGCCAAGCUCUCUAGGCACCAUAACUACUAUAGAGGUUAUGAUUUCAGGAGUACUCUGGUCCCUUGUCACAUUAAGGAAUCAAACAGUUUUUGUGUUUUUUGACACUUUCCUUUGUCUCUUGGAUGUCCACUAAAGCAGAGGUUCAGUAUUGGUAAUAUCCAUUUUAUCAAACUUUGGAGGGCGUUCUUUUGCUGAGGACUGUCAUCUGGUGCUUCCAGCCAAUUAAGACCUAGUAGGGACAAAAUUGAUAUUAGUUAAGCAGAAUGGUAACUUAAACCGGAAGGACCACAGAGCCCUCAAGAGACUGGGGUAAGAGUCAAACGGUUAAAAAAUGAUUUUGACUCCUCACUAUGGAAUGACAUCGGGGAACUCCUGGCACCAUCACUAUUACAGCACAUUUUGAGUUAAUAUGCAAUGUAUUAAAUUAUUUUGUGAUUCCCUAAUCAUUUAAACUUAAUCAAAUCUUUUUACAGUGUUGUGAUUUGGCUGGGAGAUUUGAAUUACAGGCUGUGUAAAUAUGAUGUUGCAGAAGUUAUAACCAUGAUCAAGAAAAAUGACAUUCAUACACUUUUGAAGUUUGACCAGGUACAUUAAUUAUUUAAACAAUAUAAAAUAGUUAUUUGUUUAUGGUUUCUGUAGAUAUCUGGAAAGGUCAGCUCUUAUUCAGCUAUUCCUUUAGUUAGUUUAGGUAGACUUUUAUUUUAUCUUUAUAUAUAAACUUCUAUGUCACGUAAAGUAUUUUUCUAAACAUUUUGUCCUUGGUUACUUUUAUUUCUAUUUAGCUUAAUAUCCAGAGAGAUUUCAAGAAUGUCUUCUCAGAUUUUAUGGAAGGUCCUAUCAACUUCAUCCCGACUUACAAAUAUGAUCCUAAAACAGAUCGGUGGGACACCAGGUAACACUAAAAUGUUGCUCCUUGUAUAGUUUAACCUUUUCACUCCCAGUAACAUGUAUACAUUAGGGUCAGAUAUAUAUGCAUUCAUACCUUAACUGCCUGUAUACACAUUUUUCAGCAUUUGAAUGAACUUUAAUUGAAAUAAAACGUUUUUGGAAAAAAAUUAGUUUUUCUGUUUAAGUCCAUUAAUUAGUAACUUGAAUUGCUUUUUCCCACUGUACUUUGUUAUAGUGUCCCUGAGUAAUGUCAUGUUUUACUGACUUAAAAAGGUUUCUUUGCAAUUAACCUGGUAAUGAGAGGGUUAAUGGGUUAAGGUGUAUUUUUUUUUUUUUCUUUUUCUCUUCAUUCAAACUUUCAAGGUUAUUCACUAAGCCGUACAUUUAAUUUUAGGCCAAUACAUCACCUGUAGAAACCGGAUAUUGAUUUCUCAUUUUACUUUUUUGGCUUUAGUUUGGCAGUUUAAUCUAAUUUUCCAAAAAGUUCCAUUUUAAUUACUCUGCUAGCCUAUAAAUUAAUCAUUACCAAUAGAUACGUCUCCACCAAAUAGUUGCUUCUGGUGAUUCCAAUUUUGGGGUUGUUAAUGUAAAACUCCAUAUAAUCCAUCCUCCAUGAUUUCUAACACAGAAUCAGAAUGGUGCAAUGUUUUACAGCUCUUUAACUUGGUUUCAUGCUACACAUUAAAGGAACAAUUUCAGGUCCCCAGCUCUUCUCUUGAGAACUUCCAUCUGCUAGUCGUGAACACUUGCUUACCUGACUGAACAUGCUUUGCUCUGUGAUCCCACUGAAGUCAGCACAAUAUGAAUGCUUUACUGGGCAAGCAGUGUUGUCUUUGGACGAGUAAGCAUGUUCUCCAGACUGAAGCUGAAAUAAAUGGCAGCACUGGUGGGAAGUGCUGAGAACCGGACAGCAUUUUUUUUAGAAAUAUAUUUCCACUUUGUGAUCCCAUUUUAAUUGUGUUGUGAUUACAAGUGCUUUCUCAGUACAGCAUUAAAUUCAAACGGACAGUCAAGACACCAUAACCACUACAGCUUGCUGUAGUAAUAAUGAUGCCAGGAGAUUGACACUUUCCUUGCCUCCAUUUACAACAAUGAAAGAGAGAUGUAGGGGGAAGUUCCCCUUCUGUAAUCGCCACUAUUAUUCAUAUUUGAAUAAAAUUAAUUGGGAGCAUUACCAACACUCUAGUCCCUGAAUCCUGUCUGUAAAUAGGUGGAAUUGGCAUCACUAAUACAAGUAGGAACCUGUGGCCUCGCUCUAUCUAUUUGAAAGGGACCAGAAAGGAGGGAUGGGCAAGUGUCAGAGUAAUUGAAAACCCUUUGACUACUUAUUGUGAGAAGGCACCAUGGGUCCUUGCUACUAUGGAACAUACAGCGGACUAUAGUGGCUAUGGUGUUUAGAUUACCCCUUUAAUAUUUCUAGGUUCUGAACAUUUGAAUUUAGUUUACUCUAUCUCCAUAUUUUUAUAUUUCUAUAGUGUCUUUUCUUGUAAAGAAGGUGAAGACUGGUAGUAGGCAUUUUUGAUAUGCUUGCUUGGGGGGACUUUUUAUAUCCUCAUUAUUAUUGUGAUUUAAUGGGAUCACAACAACGGGUUAUUUUUUUAAUUUUUUUUUAUUUACUUAGCUGUAGUUUCAGAUUAUUUAUUUUCUUUAUAUAGUGGCAAGUGUCGGGUUCCAGCCUGGUGUGAUCGGGUCCUCUGGAGAGGAGUUAAUAUCAAGCAGCUGAAAUAUCGCAGCCAUAUGGAUCUGAAAACCAGUGACCACAAACCAGUCAGCUCACUGUUUAGCAUUGGGGUAAGAAUUGUCAGUAAAUUUCUUUCCUCUCGGCAUAGUAGAGAAUGCCAGUGUCAGUUUCUCCACGCUCCAUAAUAGUGUUGCGCAUUUAAAAAAGGCUACAUAUUCACAAGAUUAUUCAUAAAGCACAGUUAAAGCUGUAGGUAUUAACUUCUGGAUUUUAAGAUUGAUCAUACAAAUAAAUGUGCAGCUUAUAUACUUAAAUUUUAUCUUUAAAUAUUUCUGCACCUUAUCAUCUAACAAAUAAGUAAAAUCUCACUAGGUGAAAGUGGUGGAUGAUCGCAGAUACCGGAAGGCUUUUGAAGAUAUUGUGCGUAUGAUGGACAGAAUGGAGAAUGACUUUCUACCUUCCUUAAAUCUCAGCAGCAGAGAGGUGAGAAUUGCUAUUCUUUUGUUGUAGCAAUAAACAUUUGGCUAAAAUGUGUCUAAUCUUGUAUUUUCCACUUUUCCUAGAACUUUUAAAUAGUUGAAUUAUACAGUUUUUCAUUUAUGAAGUAAAGUGCUCGCAAGCAUAAAAAAACCCUAAAUGAAGGAAGUGGUUUAAUAGACGGGUGUUCACUUGUUACUGUUCAAAUUUGGCUUGCAACAUCUAUAGGAAUGUCAACAUCCUACUGCAUUGAUGCUUUAUGAGUAAAUAAUAUAUAUAUAUACACACACACACACCUUUCUUUCUCAAGAGUGUCUGUUUAAUGGUUUUGUGGUUUUUCCUCUUCAGUUUGCAUUUGAAAGAGUACGAUUUCGACAGCUUCAGAAGCAAAAAUUUCAGAUAAAGAAUGAUGGUCAAGUUCCAUGUCACUUCUCCUUCAUCCCUAAACUAAACGACACCCAAUACUGCAAGACAUGGCUGCGAGCAGAGCCCUGUGAGGGCUACUUGGAACCAGGUAGAACUUUGUUGUUUCUAGAUAAUGUCAACAUCCUUUCUAUCCUGUCCCAUUCUUCUCAAUCUCAAAAACUUUUGUGUUUUGAUGCUUAGAGCUAAUAAUUUCCAUGCACAAUGGUAGUUGGUUAGUGGCAAAAUAUAAUUUAAAGCCGUAGCAAAUUAAAUCUGACUGCAAUAGUAUAAUGAACUGCGAGAGCUGCAAUUUUGGAAUAAAUUGCAAUUUGAAUAUUUUAUGGUAGUGCUCUGAUUAAUCGGCCUAUACCCAUUUCAGUAAAAAGACUUUUCAGAUUUGUGACAUUAAGUGUAUGCGUAAAGCCUUGUGUUUUGAGAAAUAGCAUUGUUGCAUGCUGCAGUUGUCAAAAUGAGUGUUGAAUCACACAACAUUUUCUCUGAGUCUGAGACCCAACGGAUUUAUACAACUAAGAGUUUUGUGAAUAAACCUUCCCGUUUUGCUGUUAAAGGUAUUUUUUUUAAAGAGCACCAACAGCACAACAGCUGUGGUAUUGUGUCUUAAUGCAGUUCCUGCAGUCUAAUACAUGUAAGACCGAUUUGACAAAUUUGUAAAAUUUCUGAAAAAACAUCAAUGUUUCUAUUUUGCAGAAUGCCUACAGUAGUGUCUUUGAAUGCCUUCAUUUUGUGAAGGCGUUCACAUAUCUUGUCAUGCUGCUGCUAAAUAAACUCUUGUUAAAUCUCCAUAGCAAUUCUUCUCCUUAAGGAGAAUCUGAUUGGCCAAUGUGGUAUGUGCUGCAUGGCAAUGUAAGUUGCCAUAAUACAGACAGUGACUCGAGUAUAAGUCGAGUGGGGGUUUUUCAGCACAAAAAAAUGUGCUGAAAAACUCGACUUAUACUCGAGUAUAUACGGUAAUCUCUCUUGUAAUGUGCUUUAGGAGGCAAAGUGUUAAUACAACUCUUAAAUUCUUUGUUUAAAAUUCAAAAUGUAAAAUUUACUCUCAUUGCCUGUGAAGAUCUUUGGUGCCGUUUCAAACCACCAGCCUGCUAGUGUUUGUCUCUGACAAACAAGAAAAUAAAAUGUGAAACCAGUUUAAAGGUUACCUAGAUCUGGCACCAUGCAGUGUGAACUUCUAAAAUUUACAAAAAGCAGUAUUCACAUGAGAGAGAUCACAAGUAAAUUCCUAUUUCCUCCUCAUGUAGAUGUGAAUUAAUAUUUAAAAAAAAAAAAAGAGUAGUGUAGAGGGGGCAGAUGAAUGGAAAUGUUAGACCUUUCUCCACAUUGCAAUGUAUCUUACUUGAUCUGUGUACACAUUUUUAUGAUGCAUUGAUUUCCUUGUACAUUUCUGUGUAUUAUGAUGCGGUGCUUGGUUUAUCAUCUUUACUCAUUAUGAUAUAAACCUCAAUAAAAGAGCAGUGUUAGGUGCCGAAAAGUUAAAGAAACACUACAGCGUUAGGAAUGCAUAACUGUAUUCCUAAUGCUACAGCUCUAGUGCCACUGUACAAUUAGCUCCUCUUGCCCAGUAAACAACAACAACAACAAAAACAUGAAAUCUUUUUUUAAACUAAUUACUCGUCCUCCUCCAGCGCUGCCACAAACUCCUCCUUCAGUGACAUCAUCCUGGAGGCUGUGUUGCUUUAAUGUAUUGAACAUCUUACUUCAGUGUGAUUAACUCUUGUAUCAGAAGUCAUUCUACAGGACAGCCUAUGCAUGUUCUGUGUCCCUGUCCAUUCCAAGAGAUCACAAAAGUGAAGGAGCUUUGCAGUGGCAAGUAACUUUUAUCUGUAUCUUGUAGCAUAGAACUUUAAAUAUUCACUCAUAAUGUAUAAUUAGUGAAAGUACACAUCCUAUUUAACAACAGGACUUUACAAAAACAGUUUUCAGCUUUAAAUCUAAUUAAAAGCUUACAGGGACACUACAGUCACCAGAACAACUACAGCUUAUUGUAUUUGUUCGGUUAAGUAUAACCAUUCCCUUUAGGCUUUUUGCAGUAAACACUGUUUUUUUUCCAGAGAAAAGCAGUGUUUACAUUACAGCCUAGGGAUACUUCCACUGGCCACUCCUCCGAUGGCUACUAGAGGUGCUUCCUGGGGCAAUGCUGCACAGUGUGCAGUACUGUCAAUCAGUGUCUCCACCCUCUGCAUAGAGACACUGAUCUUUCCUCAUAGAAAUGCAUUGAUUGGCCAGGGCUGUGUUUUUGUCUUGUGCUGGCUCUGCCCCAGAUCUGCUUCCUUGACCGUAUUGGGCUAUCCAGUGCUUUCCUAUGUGAAAGCAUUGUGACUGGCUGAGAGAAUCACUUCUGAUGUUUCAGCCAAGCAGGCAGAUCAGGGGGAGAGCCAGCAGCAGCAGUCUGAAAUAAAAGUAAGAUUUUGCUAUAUUUAGAGGGUCCAGGGUGGGGGCUAGAUGGUGUUUUUUAACACUGCAGGGUCAGGAAUACAUGUUUGUUUUCCUUUCCCUAUAGUGUUCCUUUAAUUUCAGUCUUGGUUUCUCAUUGUAUUAAAUUUUCUGGAUUUUUUUUUAAGUUUGCCUUUUUGAUGGUUUAAUAAUAUUUUUAUACUUUCCUAGAUGAAACUGUUGAUAUUAACCUGGAUGUUUACGUCAGUAAGGACUCUGUCACAAUGCUCAACUCUGGGGAAGAUAAGAUUGAAGAUAUUUUAGUUCUUCAUCUUGACCGGGGCAAGGACUACUUCAUAACCAUCAGUGGAAGUUACCUAGUGAGCUGUUUUGGCACAUCAUUAGAGGCACUGUGCCGAAUAAAGAGGCCAAUUCGUGAAAUUCCAGUUACAAAACUAAUAGAUUUGGUGAGUUGAUUUGAGUUGUUGUUUUUUGGGGGGGUGGGGGAGGGGAGAUGGGUUCAUGAAAACUAUUAUUUCUUCCUUUAGUGGUUUUGCUUUAGGAUUUAGAUUUUUUUUUUUUAUCAUAACUAUUCUGUGGUUUACAUAUAUUAUCCCCCCUCCCCACCCAAAUUGUGAAGACCUUUUGAAUUCUGUUCCAUGAAAGUGAAACAUUGUUUUAGAUGUAUAAUAAUGAGUGACAGAGUACUCUACUCGCCAAUACAUUGUGAUAUUCUUUUUUGAUAGGGCAAAUUCGGUGCACCUGGCCAUACAUUUUUCUUGAAUGUGUAACUAUUUUGCGACAAAAUAUAUCUCCCAUCACAACAAACCAAUAUUUUGAAAAUAUUUUUCACUUUUGUACAGAAAGAAUUAUUCUAUGCUACUCAUUUUUAAAUUAUUUUUCACGUUUCAGCCCUUUACAUCCAAACACCCAGGAAAAAAAAUCAUAAAUGUUAGUAUUUGUGUGUUUUUUAAUAAUAUUAUUUUAUUUGUGCAGGUGUUUUUUUUAUUUUUUUAAAUUUUUUUUAGCCCUUUUCUCCAUCUGCAAGCAUUCAGAUCAUUAUUUCAAUAUAUUUUUUCCUCCCCCUUCCCUCUUUCUAUAACUUCCUACACUACCUAUGUCAGUGCAGUCAAGAAAGGUUGAGCUUGAUGGACGCAAGUCUUUUUUUUUCUUCAGCCUAUGUAACCCUGGUGUGCAAUGCAUUCCUAUUUUAAUCAGAAUAAAUGCAUAUACAUUGUGGCUUUCAAAUGUGAUGGCAAAUAUAUUGGUAGUUUUCUCUUAUGUGUGAAAAUGUAUCUCUCUUCACACAACAAAAAAUAUACAUUACUAAUCUGCUCCUGGACAUUGGAUUAUGGAAGAAAUUUUCAUUGAAGAAUAGAAUUUCUUCUUUUUAUUUUCAAGCUAGUCUAUAUCUUGAAUACAUUAUAUAGAUUAGUUUCUUUAGAACAGCAAUCAUUAUCUUUGUAGAUACACAUAAUAUAAUUUGUCACUGAGUAUGUAUUGAGAGUUGUUUUUUUUAAUUACUAUCUAUCCUGCAUAUUAUGAGAUGUUUACCUUAAAUUGUCAGAGAAGUAAAUGUGAUUCGUUUUAAAACACCCAGACACAUUCCCUUAUAGUCUGUUUUCUGUCUUUCGGGCCAGGAUAUCUCACAUUUUCUUUUCCCCCCUCUUUUUGCCUCCUGCUUUACAAUUCGCUCUUAGGGAGAAGACAACUUCUCAGAGAAGGUAACAUAAACUAGGAUCUCUUACCUUACUGUUCCUUUUCUUGCACUUUUUGACAUUGUCUUCAAAAUGUAAUACAAUUAACAAAAAAAAAAUGUUUUUAAAGACUUUGAAUUUUAAGCAGUCCUUGGAUUUUUAAAAUUUAUUUAUAAAAGAAGCUUUGUAUUUUAUUAUCUGAUUUGUCUGGGCAGCGAAAUGAGGAGAGGGCAGUCACAGCAUUCCCUUUUUCCAUAUAUAUGUAAGCACACUAUACUGGAUGAACAGUAGGUUAUUAAAAAACAAAUCCAAGUUCUUCUUAAAAGCUGAAAGCCAUUUUCAUUUUAUAAGUAAGAACAAUGUCAAAAUAUAGUUGCCUAUCUAUAGCCGUAUCAUCAAAUCCAUAAGUUAAUCUGACAAACUGACAACUUUCAUUAGUUGAUCUAUAAAAGUAGAUGUUCAUAGUAUGCCUACAUCAUUUUUUUGCUUUUGAAUCAUAGAGGACAAUUGUUAAAAGUUUAUGAUGUUUGUAUUUACAAAACAUUCACAGAAGUUCUUAAACUCAAGCAAGUUUAGCUGACUCCUUGUUUCAUGAAUGAGCAUGUCGUCCCCCCCCAUUGCAAUUUAGCUUACACAGACAGAUCGUAAGCUUCGACAAUCGCUAUCAAAACCAGUCCAAUGGGCAGUAAUGGUCUUUUGGAUUCCAUGGUUACUGCUCCACUGUCAGAUAUAUACCUCUAACAGUUCAAUUUAGAGUCUGUAGGUAAAGAUACAGCAUCCUCUGGUUUUUUGUUUUUGUUUUUUUUUUCUUGUGUAGAGUUGGUAGUAAAGUCCUCAAGGAAAUUCUUAUUGUGAAUCUUAGAGACUUGUCAGAUUAACAGGUUUUUAUUUAUUUGACCUUCAAAGUUUGCAAUGUCUGUCUUGACUUUAAAGGGACACUAUAGGCACAUUUUUAUUUUUUUUAAUGUAGCGUUUGUUGUGUACAGCUCAUGCCCCUGCAGUCUCAGCAUUUAAUUAUCUGCCCUAUAGGCGUUAAAUCAUUUUGUUUAUGCAGCCCUAGCCACAUCUCUCUUGGCUGUGACUCACAUAGCCUGCAUCAAAAAAAAAAAAAAUUUCAAUCCGUUGUUAAUUUCCUUUAGAAAUUUUUGCCUUCUGCUUUGUAAUAUGAACCAGCAGUACCUGCAGGCUAGUAAAAGAACAUGAGAUAAGAAAUUCUAAAUUAAACAGAAUGUACAAUAAAGGAAGUUUAACCAUUAGAUGUCUUUUUACAGGAAGUGUUUAGAAGGGCUGUGCAAGUCACAUGCAGGGAAGUGUGACCAGGGCUCCAUAAACAAAGUGCUUUUAACUCCAAAAUAGCAGAGUAUUGAGUGGUGAGACUGCAAGAGUACACCAAAACUGCUUCAUUAAGUUAAAGUUGAUUUGUGGUAUAUAGUGUCCCUUUGACAUGCAUGGUCUCUGGGAGUCUUUUAGUUAUCUGGUGAUUUUUCUGCAUUUCCAUGCUUCAGAGGGAUUUAGUACUGGGUUAAUUUCUAUAUAUUUUUUGCCGUUCUCUGCAUUACUUCCAUCUAUCAUAAUCCUAUAUAUAUGUUACUUGUAGUACAAUUCAUGAACAGAUUUGACUGAGUUGUUUCAUUACUCUGUUGGUCAUAAUCAAUUUGAUUAGUUGAUUAGAUUUAAAGCCAAAUGCAUUCUAGAAUUCCUUCUUAUCAGUAAACCAUGCUGUGUGACAGAUUCCUGGCUAGAUCCAAAGAGCAGGAAUUAAUGUAAUGUUAUAUUCAUUCGCUUUAAUCUAAUAGUUCAAUCGACUUUACAAUUCUUCCUCUACAACUUCAGUCAAAUGCUGUCACAAGGGAAUCUUGUGGUUGUGAAGAAACGAGUUAUGUAAAAGAAAACCUUCUGUUCUUGUAGUAAUUUCCUGAUACACUGCUGUCAACAUGCAAAACUAGUAAAUUCGCUCUCCGUGCAUGAGAUGAGUGUAAAUAAAAUAUAUAAAUGUAUGCAGUAAUUAUGUAUCACUGUAGGAAACCCCAUGAAAUGAGUUGGUACCCGUCAUGGUAGUUUGAACAAAGAGCAUGAAAUUCUAUCUAUACAGAUUUGCUAGCAAAUGUAUAGAUUGGGAGAAAUCAUGACUUUAACAGAUAUUUCUCCCAGGAAUCAUGUGUUGUAGAAUUGAGUGACAGUGAGAGAAGGAGAGCAGAAGAGACUUUUCACAGUUGUUCCAUGUGGUCACCAAUCUUAUCAACCUCAACACGUGCUGGGUGUGUCUCUUUUAACUCCUUGUCCGACUCUGCUAGUGCUGGCUGGGUGAUAUAGCAGGCACCAGCAUGCUGGCAAUAAACCUAGCUUGUUGGUGUUAUAGAGGAGGUUAGCCCUGCUUGUGGAAGUGUCCCAAAGCAGGGCAAAUCACAUAAGAGUGCAGGUGUUUUGGAAAGACUAAACAAGUAAACUGCAGCAGCCUUAGUUUAACUGCUAUCCAUUUAUAGAGUAGUUACACUCAUCCUAUGUAAUUAGUUGAACUGCUGCCAAGCGGGGAUAAACGCCUAUCGAGAAGAAUCCAUGGGCCACAAUGAGACAUUUUUGGUUGGUGGAGACUCUGCCUUGACUGGUAGUGGUUUCUAAUGCUACUGAAAUUUAUGUACAAGUGUAACAUUACACACAUAAACAUUUCUAUUUAUUUUUUCUUUAAUUUUGUAUUUCUCCACAUUGUAUUUUAAGUAAUUUCCUUUAUAAUGCUUUAAAAUAUAGGUGGCCAUUUUGCACAUAGUUGAAGAACCAUUUUUGCAUAGAGAGAUUUUUGAUUUGAUCUUUUGAAAUAUUCCGCUUUCUCUUGUUGGACUUCUUUUACUCCAGGAGAGAGCCAUUCUCCAGAAUUUGCCAGACAUUGACGGUACCUCCGACAAGCCCCUGAAGAUUCCAAAAGAAAUCUGGCUUUUAGUCGACCAUUUGUAUAAAAAUGCAUGUCGCCAGGUAAGUGGGCUUCAGAGCGAACACUAGGUGAUUUAUUCACUAAAACGUUUUUUCUUUUUGUUUGUUUUUUCUUGUAUAUAUUAUAAACCAGAGUUGCUUAAUAUAGGCUUAAAAUUUUGCCAGAAGCAAAAUUAGGAAUAUGAUUGUGGUGCAGUGGGAUUUUUCUAAUUGUGAUCUAAAUUUUGUGUUGGUCUGUUCACCUGAAUUCAUAGCUACUGGAUACACUUUUACAUCUAUAAUUGUUUUAUUCCAAUUUCUGGUAUUGAUGUUAUAAUGAUGUUUUUCACAAGUCAUUUGGUGAAAGUUACAUAAAUAAUAAAUAAUAUAGUUAAAAUGCAUAAUUUACUUUACUUUGACUUCUCUAAACUGUGUUUAGUCAUACAAAAGACUGGUUGUGAAAUAUAUAUUGCUCUCUUCUCUUACAGGAAGAUCUUUUUCAAACACCUGGAAGACAAGAAGAGUUGCAGAACAUUAUUGAUUGUUUAGAUACCAGCAUUCCAGAGAACAUACGUAUCCUUGAUUAUGAACUUUUUACCACACUUCGUACGUGCACACAAAUGUUACACACACUUACGCCAUUGAAAAUUGUAAUUAUUUUCAAUGGUAAAACUGAUGUACCAAAUAAGGAACUCUUCACAUACAGUGUGUUGCGUAGUAAAUUGCAGAUGUUAAAGAUUCGUACUUUUUAUUAUGAUUAUUUAUCCUCAUUGGAAAAUGGCCCUUAUACCUUAUGUUUUCAUCUGUUAGAGCAUUGAUAUCAUCAUUGCCUUAGAACCAGGUUCGAUUCCUGGUCCGACCACCUUACGUAAGCUUGAUUGCGAAAGCCCUUCUUCACCUCUUCCCCAUUCUAUAAUUGUGAAGCGCUGCAGAAUAUGUUGGCACUAUAUAAAUACUAAUAACAAUCAUUUUAAACAAUCAUGCUUUAAAGGAACACUAUAGGCAUCAAAACAAUGUUAACUUAAUGGGGUAGUUUUGGUGGAUAGAUCAUAUUCCUGCAGUCUCACUACUCAAUUUUCUUCAAUUUAGAAGUUAAAUCAUUUUUGUUUUUAUAUCCUGCGCUGUACAUUUAACUUUAAUCACACUCAGAAGGCUCCUGCUGGGUUUAUAAGGCUAUUAACCGAGCAGGAGAUAAGAACAUCUAAAUUAAGCACUUUGCUAUAAAGGAAGUUUAAACAUUAGAUGUCUCUCUUUACAGGAAGUGUGUAGGGAGGCUGUGAAAUUCACAUGCAGGAAGGUGUGUGUGGGGGGUGUAUAACAAAAAAAUAAAUAAAAAUAUUUAACUCCUAAAUGGCAGAUAAUUUAGUAGUGAGACUGUGGUGGCAUAAUCUACACACCAAAACACUAACCUAAAAUUGUUUUGGUGUCUACGGUGUCCUAUUAAGUGAUCACAAUCCUUCCAAACAAGAGUGAUCUACUUAUUAAUGGACCAUAUGACCAAUUAUCAAAUUCAAAACCCCAAAAAAUGGAUAAUCCAGAGAAUAUUCUUUUUUUUGACUGUUAACCUAUGCCCAGAAAAUUGUCAUAGGGUUUACAUAUGAGCAACGUGUACCUCCUUGUACUAUACUGAAAAUGUCCGAAUUGAGCAUGCCUAAAGAGGAAAUGACACUUUCUCACUUUUAGCACUACCAAAUAGCCAACUAAAAGUUAUUGGCAGUGCAUAACGAUUUUAAAAACUCCUUUCCUUCCUAAUUUAACUUGCAUGUUUUACCAAGCAUAGUUUGUACAUUAGUUAACUCUCACAGUGCCAUGCUCAAUAAAAAUUGGUAUUUUUAUGAAUCAACCUUGUUACACCUCCCUGGCUGUCAAUCAGACAACCGAGUCUGUUACUUCCUGACUUGGUUAGCUCAGUGAAAUUUAAGAGGAAGCAAUUGCUCAGAGCACCUGCACUUGCCUUGCAAAGACUUCUCAUUGAGCUGCAUUGGGAAGUCUGUGAUUGGACAGCCACAUAAAUUCUGGGCAAGGUUAGAAGAGGAUGGUUUGUAAAGGCAACAGAUGGAAGAUGCACCUCUUGCAAACUAUUUUUAGAUAUGCCCCCAACGAUAAAAUGCACAAGUAACAGAAUUCAUGUUUUCAUUGGAGGUAUAUUUACUAAACAGUGAUUUUUAUUUGGGCAGUGGGGGUGUUUCUUUAAAGGAACACUCAAAGUAUCAUAUGGUGCCAGGAGUGUCAGUGGUUGGCUUUCUGCAUAUGUUUUGCAUAGGGUUAUUUUGUAUUGCGUGUUAUAGAGACGUCUGCGUGCAUAUAAAUGCCAUCACAAUAUUAGAUUUUUUUUUUUCUGUCCAUAUUGUUACAUUGUAUAUGUUAUGUUUUAAGGCGAAUGCACUAUUCUUGGUUUGUAUCUUGCCUCCUUAAUAUUGUUCCCCAGCUGGUAGCAACCAUUCUGUAGCCGAAGCACUACUAAUCUUUUUGGAAGCUUUGCCAGAACCGGUCAUCUGUUAUGAGCUUUACCAGAAGUGCAUAGAUUGCUCCCAUGACACAAGACUCUGUAGACAGGUGUGAAUAACUAAUUCUAGAUUGAUUGAUAACUGAUUGGCUUAUGCCAUGUUGUAAAUACAGCUUCUAAUCCUGUGUUCCAUGUGCAGGUGAUCUCUCAUUUGCCACGUUGCCACAGAAAUGUUUUCCGAUAUUUAAUGGCGUUUCUGCGAGAGUUGCUCAAGUACACUGGAGAAAACAAUCUGAGCGCCAAUAUGAUUGGUAAGAGGCCUUAUGGAUAAAUGGAAAUAGAUAAGAUAUGAGAGAGGUUUUGGAAUGCAUAUGGCUGUCCCACAGUCACCUGUGUAUUCUUUUUUUUAGAAUUCCACAGUUUAUACGGACAUAUUCUUAGUCAUACCAGUUCAUAGCAGCAGUGUGCACUUGCUACAGGCUGAAUUCUUGCUACAUUAGCCUGGGCAGCACAGCGGAGAUGGGCUGCAGUGGACUCUGAUUUAGCAUUAAAACAUUAAAAAUGGUUUGCUACUGAACGGAAGGAUGGAAACAGGGGAAUCCAGGCACUAUAACCACUUCACUGAUUUGAAGCAUUUUCAGUACCUACAGUGUUCCUUGAAGAUAGCAUGAGGCAUAAAGUCUCUGUUGCAAACGUGCUGUAUUAACUUGUUUGUAAAAUUUAGAAAUUAAUUUACCUUAAAGUUGUGCUUGCAUUUAGUUAUGGCUUAUGACUAACAAAAUCACCCAAUGUUUAUAUUACAUUUAAUUCCAGUUUUUAUUUUUGGUUUCCCUACCAAUAUUGAUAAGUUUCUUUUCUUUCUGAUAAUAUAUGUAUGCAAAAUGUUAAUGGUUUUGGUAACAUAUUAAAUAAUAUAUUUAUUACUGUGUAAUUUGUAUAGUGGCCCCUUAUUUACUUUGGCACUCUGUUUAACCUCUUUUAGAUACUGAACUCGUUGCUGCACUGUUCCAAAAUACACCACAAGUCACACUUUUUAUUUUUUCUGACUUAUUCCUGUGUCUAGUGUUGUUAAUAGAUAUAUUUUCUGUGGUGUAAAUAUUUCCAUUUUCUUUCUUCUCAACAGCAACAGUGUUUACCAGUCUCCUGCUACGGCCUCCACCAAACCUAGUGGGAAAGCAGAGCCCAAGUGAACGCCAGCGAGCAAUCAACUUUAUCCUUGGAUUUUUGCUAGCAGGUGAUGAGGAGUAAAAGUGACAACCCUGGGGCUGUAAGGUGUUCUGUUAAAAGAACAUAGAAAAUGGCUGUCACAUCCGAUGGCACAAAAACUAAAGGCUAGACUGUAACCUGGAACUUUGGAGAAAGGGGUGGUACUUAUAUUUGUGGCAGGGACAAUAAUGAACACCCCACAUGACACAUUUCUCGUACUGUAGCCAUUCUUGGUCGACGGUGGAAAUCUAACAACAUGCUUCAAGGAAGGACAGAAGUUUUUUAUUCAAGUUAUAAUUCACAUGGUGUUAGACCAGUUUAUGUAUGUGUUUUUUUUUGUUUUUUUUUUUGGUGGUCCAUGUAAACAAGUCAUCUUCUACAUUAGAUUUGAACCCGUCCCUAUUCGUGAACUCUUAUCUGAACGCUAAACACUGGUGCCAUAGUCAUUGUCAAACCUAUUUGUGACCUCUUUCUAUUUAAGUGCCCUUGUUCUCUGUUCUGAGGUUGGCAUUCUCAUGGUACAUCAGUUGAUUCAAAUGGUUUUGUAUAAUUGCAUUUCACACUUAGAAUUGAGACUUUAAAUUAGUAAUGUGAGUCUUUCUUUGCUCACUGUCCAUCCUCGACUAUUUUACACACAUUUUAAAUACCUGUCCUCACUUGGGUAUCUAGUAAAUGUAUUUAUUGAAGCAAUGGUGCGUUUCUUACCACACACUUGUAAAUAUGGUGAUAACCUUCUUGGAAAAUUCAAAAUCUAGCGAACGGUGGCGCACAUUUUACAUUCAUGCUUUCCAGUAGACUUAUACUAAUUACAGUACUCUAUAGCAUUAAUACUAAUGGCACUAUAAUUAGAAAUGAAAAAGUUGGUAGAAUUUUAAUAUUGAUAAUUUGUUGUAGAAGCGCUCUCUCACCAUUUGUGGCAUUUGCUGUAUGACUCUAAUGUUAAAACAUUUAUGUAAAAAGCAAUGGCAGAAUUGCAGGAAGAAUGUAAACGUGUAUAAAUCAUGAGGCAGAGGAUAUCCUAAAUCAUGAAAGGUACCAUUCUAUUUAGAUAAAUUAUGGCCAAAGUAAGGAUUCAAAAGCACACCCACUUUUUUUUUUUGGCAACAUAUACAUUUUCAUUGUCUGCUGCCCCAGCAAUAAAACUUUUUUUCAGGAAACUCCUUGAGCUAUGUGGCUACAGGAUAAAAAUAGAUUCCAAUGAAAAUAGAAAUGGAGCAUAGUUUGAAGUGAUUGCAAACAGCAGGACUUGAGGGCAAGGAAAAAUAUCAAAUACAAGGUUCCUAAUGUAUGAUUUAAUAAUACUAUAAUUGCUCUCUGCAGAAUACGCAGAACAGUCAUUGGGUUUGGCUCUAUUUUACGGUACAUCAUUUCAACAUUGCGUUGCGUCGUGUCACGUCAUGUGGUAUUUUUGCAAACCAGGCAGGGCCAGACUGUUUUAUAAUCAUAUGUGGUAGCAUUAUACAUUUGCGUGCAGUUCUUCUAGGAUAAUGUAUAAUAAACGUGCUCUACAUUUGUACUGUAUACACUGUUAUACUGUGAGAAAUGGGCUUUGGCAAACUUUCACAAGUCUUCAUUGCUUCCAAGGAAUAUUAAGAGUCACUGUGAAUUUAUAACUAGAUGGCAAAGAAUCUGAUUUGGAGAUUUGUGUACUAUAUCAAAUAGAGAUCGAUGUACACAAGAAAGUGGUUGGAGUAGCCAUGGCGUAACGUUGUCUACUUCCCUGUACAUAACAAAUCUUCAGAUUGUGCACACCUGAUAGAUGAAGUCUUUGUUUCACUGAAGGAGGAAAUGCCAUCAGCCGCAUUGAUAUGCUUUGGCACUGGCACAUGCAUUCUCUUCCUGGAUCUAAAUCCUACAUUACUUUUGGUUCAUUGUUUCAUGCAUCUAAUCCCUUUCUGUAAUCUGUCGUUUUCAUCUGCAUACGUAAAGCUGAGGGUAAACCUCUGAAAUGUCUAUUCCCAUGGCAGAGAUAGUUAAGGUGAACUAAUUAAAAUGGCAAUGUUGCCUUUUUGUUUGGUUUGCUGCACUUAAAACACUACAUAAUAAAAUAAAAAAAUAUUUAAGUAAUAAUUUUUUAUUUUUUUUGCUAUGCUUAAAACCAUUUUUAUGAGCUGCAUUAAAUGGCUGUCAUGGCCAUAUUUGCAAGUUAUUGUCGUUGCUUUUCUGCUGAAACAGUGGUUUACAAGUCCAAAAGGCAGGGGGCAGGUGUCAGUGUGGUUUGUGAACUGUUACCUAGCCGUGAUUUUAGCCACGUCAUAGACGAGUCUAUUGAGAGCCUGCACCAGUUACAAUGGACUUAUAAGACAUAUUCCCAUCGCGCAAGAUCUGGUCCGUGAAGUGUCAGUGAAACUUACCUGUGCUAAAGCUGGUAUAUAUUGUUAUUCUGACCUGUGCAUGACACGUAAAGAUAGAUUGAAGAACAUCAAAUUAAACAGUGUCCUGUCAUGACUUGACGGUCAAGUGACUCUUGCUGCUAUGGACCCUGGAGAUAAAUGUUAUUUCAGUGCUUAUGAAAAUCCAAGGACUCUGUGCUAAUCCAUGCUAGCGUUUAAGGAACAAAGAGGGUUAGUCUGACUUUUUUGUUAUUUUUUUUAUUUAUAUAAAUCUGUGAGGAUUGGUGUCAGUUCACCACUUCUUUUGUUAGUGAAAGAAGCCCCAUAGUGUUCAUGCUGCAUAUUUACAUGACAUUGACUGAAAAACAAAGUAUAUGCAAUUAAUAUUUAAUAUGUAUUAAUUCCUGCCAGCAACAUUAAACACGUUUUUUUCCCCUCUGUGCAUAUAUUUUAAAUUGUAAACAUUUAUUAACUCCCCCAUCGCUUUAUUAAAAUAAUAUUUUAAAGUGUCUAAUUUCAAUAUAUAUUCUUAAAAGGUAUGUUUUGUUUUUAGUUUAUGUUUGUAUGUGUGUUUUUUUUUUUUUAAAUGCAUUUAUUGAGCACAUUGAAUCUAUAAAAUGAUUGGGUCAGAGCCGCUACCAUUCUUCAGUGGACAUCACAGGUCCAUUAAAUUGUGUAUGCCUAUUAAUAAUAAGUUACACAUAUUUGCUGUGUGUAUUGUCCUACUUUAAUACAAAAGUUAUUACUUUUGUUGCUAUUAAUACUUUUUAAGGGCAUAUCUGGAUUAUCAGUGGCCUUUCGGGCUGAUAACUGGUACCAAUAUUCAGCCAGUGCUGUACUGGGGAAGAGGUGGUCCACCCUGGGUGCCACUUACACUGGAAAUGGGGUGGCUGGUAUCUAGCGCACGUCAUCUUCUGUUUACAGCAGGUCCUUUCUCCAACUCUUGCAAGCCUAAUAUGGCGUGCAGAGCAGAUUGAUGGCCAGGGGCUUGAGAAUUGUAGAGAGGAACUGAAAAUAUCGCGUGUGCUGGGAUUCUGCUGCCACCCACAUUGUCAGCAAUAUCGAUAUCAUUAUAGGUCGAUACCGGUAUUUGAUUGCCCAAACCGAUAAUUGGUUGAUCCCUAAAUAAUACUUAUAUAAUAAUGACGUGUAGGAAGCAAUUACUUUACCAUGCUCUUAUCCCCCUCCCCUGUAAAAUGAUAGAUAUGCUUCCCCAUCUUAUUUGUUCUCAAUACUGUAGAAAUAUGAUUACGGUACAUUUUUCACACCAUGCCAGUUAUAGAUAUUAACCCCUUACAGACAAAGGACAUCCCAUGCUGAAUCACAUGAUUAUAAUAAGCCAGACUAUAUGAUGAUGUCACCAGUACUUAUAGGUAUACUUUAAUGGCUGUGGUGCAAGGAGUGCCCUGGAGUGCUCCAAAGGUAAGUAUUCAAACCAUUUUGUGAACAAUUUUACAACUUACAUGGUGUCCACUGGGUGGUGUUUUCUCCUCUUGUGCAGCACUUUGGGCUUAGCUCUUCGGAACUAAUAGAUGCUCUUUGCAGAAUCUUCAGGUUCCAAAGACGACUGACCGAUGCCCAGAGCACCCUAGGUAAAUUGUAAAAUAGUUUGACUACUUAGUCUAGGAUGGUGCCAGGGCACUCUUCACAACACAAUCUCUACAUCAGCCUGUAGUGGUUAUGGUGCUUGGAGUUUUCCUUUAAACUAACCUAUAUUUCCAACAGUAUAGUGUCCCUAGUUAUAUCCACUCUGUAAAAGUAAUUAAACAAAUACAUUUUAAACUUACCUUUUUUCAUGUAAUCGGAAAUAGUGUUUGUCUUGUGCCAUGUACUCAGAUAUAGUAUAAUGAAGUAGGCAAGCUAUUUACAAAGCUUGCAGUUUAAGAUAUGAUUAGGAGAAAUUUCAAGGCAAUAAUGCACCUGUCACUUGUUUUUUCUCUGUUCUAUCUCAUGCGAUUCAGGUAUAUAGUUUGCAAAAGUUUGCGUGUAACUGCGUUGGAGGGUUUUAUUGAAAUAGGUUUCGCUCUAUGAAAAAUGUCUGUUUUCCAAAUUCAUGAGGAUCGGACUAAUUUCCAAUAACAGCCUAGUGAAAUGUUUGACAAGGUUGUCCACUCAUUUGCAAAUUCAAAUUGUAUUCCACAGUAUCAGAAUUUAGCCCAAAACUUAUUGCGUUGAAUAUCCAACAAUUCAGACUUCAGUGAAUAUUCUAAUAAAUGUAUAGAUUUGAUGCAGAAUACUUUACAUUUCAUAGGAUUAAGAGUAUAUCACUAGUUGACUUGAGAAAUGUUGCUGUCUGUAAAUUUUAUAUCUAUUUUGGAAUUAUUUCAUAUUUUUACCAGUGUACGGACAGCUUCAUAUGGGAGCAACACAAUAUGGACCGAAAACACAAAUGGGCACCAGAAUGGCCAGUCUGUGUUGAAUUUUGUUGCUUACUGCCCUACAUUUUGUCAGUGAAUAGUGCCAGACAUUUUUAUUACAGCUUUGAAUUUCAAAUAAAUAUUCACAUUAUUUCAGUUACGCACAAGUCUCUGUAUAAAGAGAAACCAUUCAUUGUGGCGCCUUCCAGCUGCUUAGCUGGGGGAUAUACUGCAUUAUCCGUUUUUCUUGUCAGUGGUUUAUUCAAGAUAACCAGUUACUUUUGGGGCCUUUGAAUUAACUUUUCCCCAAUAAUUACUCCCCAAUAUCAGCAGGUGUGAAUACAGGGAGUGCCAGUGAUGCUGUUCACUGGGGACACUGAGGAACAGGAUCUGGUCUUCAAAAUUAGUGGCUUGUCAGUGACUUAUCGUAUGUGGUUCAGUGUAGCUGAUUCGGAAAUUGUAGCUGACCAGAAAAUCAUGCUUUGCCUCUUUUUUUUUUUUUUUUUGUCAUUACAUAUCCUUUAAUUGCAUAGGAAUUUCAGUGGGAACAAAAACUGCCUGUAUACAAUCUCAGAAGCAAGAUGUUCACUAUUCCUACUAAUUUUAAGAACAUUGUUCUUUAGACAUAAUCAGCAAUAUGUGUUAUAGAAGGAUUCAAUAAUAUGAUUUUCUUUUUUAUUUCAAUUCAAUUUUUAUACCAUACAUAUUUCUCAAUUUUUUUAUGACUAUUAACGUUUGUUUUGUAACUGGUCUGGUUAAGUGAUAUCAAUUUAUGUUCAUAUUAGGGACACUCUUCUAUUAACAUUUAGGUGUGAACUGGUAAACGAAUGAAAACAUUAAUGUCAUAAUAAAUGUAAUACCGUUAUUGUGAAAUUAAUUCUAUCUGCUUUAAUGUUUUUACUGAACACCUUUUCUCUUAACUGGAAAGUUUGGUUUAGUCUAAAGGUUUAAUGUGGUGUUUUUUGUGUGUUUUUUUUUUAAAUGUCUAUAUUGUUUGUAAGAAAAGUCACCAAAGAGUUAACAUUGUAUGUGUACACGGAUCGUUCAUAGUCGCCAAAGCGAGUUCUGUGCAGGCAAGAUAAUUUCAUAGAGGCUGUCUCUAUCCAGUAUAUAAUUACAGCCUGAUGUAUCAAAGCCAAUGUCUUUUAAAUACCAUAUUGAAAGAUUUGUCAAACAUUCCUAAUAAUGUCUUCUUUUUUUUUUUUUUUUUAAACUGUGGCAAACAUCCAGCACAAGACUUUAUAUUUUGUUACUCACUACAACUUUGAAAGUAUACUGCUGUUUUAAACAUACCGUAGAUGAUAGCUCAAAAUUUUCAAGUGUCGCCAUUAAUCUCGGGGGCAGACAUUUCCAGUGGUUUAAUGCUAAAUGUUAAAAUUGCCAAACAAAAGUUUAAAAAAUAUGUGCCUUUAAAAUAACAACACAUAAUUGGAAUUAUCGUUGCCCCUGUAUAUAUUAUAUUUCUUUAUUCCUUAAAUCAGGAGAUUAAACAAAAUAAGAACAUUUUACUUAUCAGUUUAUUUUUAUUCCAAAGUAUUCUAAACGCAAUUGCAUAGAUAUGGGUUUAUCUCAGGUGUGUUCAGGAGUGACAGUAAGGAUGAUGCUGGACAAAAUUUCCCAGAAUUCAAUGCCAUAAAUGUCUAGCAAGCGAGGGCCAAGUUUGGAAACCCCAGGGAAUGGAGGGGAGGUGGGGGGGGGAGGGAGAAUUAUAGCCAGUUGUUCUAGUGUCACUAUGUAGACCGUUAUUUUCAUUCUAUGUAGAACUUUAUAAUGUAUGACAAUUCUUACAUGUUGUGUCUAUGUGUUACACAUCUGUGUAUUACAGUAUAUUUCUUAAAUCCUGGUAUUCUUUGUGAUCCUGCAGUAAAUCUGUUGCACAACUGUCUUCACCUUACACUUGGACUUACACCGUUUUUGCUGUUUAUAGUUAAUGUAAUAUUUUCUUAUUUUCAUUUACUCUGAUUGGAUCUCCUUGUUGUCUUGCCAUACUGAGUCAGGAGGAGGCUCUACGCAUUUUAUUUGUUGGCCCCUUUUGUAACAGUGAAGUCUUUCUCUAUCAUCCUUGGUUUAUUUUAUUUUUUUAUAUGUAGAUGAAUAAUUUAUUUCCUAAAGAAAAUGUAUACAAAAUAAAAAUACAUUUCAUUGUGCAAUCAAUAAAAUACCUGUACCAUAAACA